AUGGUAACUGAAAAGCAGAGUUUGCCUUCUUUUUCCAGUUUACUUUCUGUUUUGUCUAUUUUAUUUUACUGCGCCGGGUUUUUGAGAGUUGAAUUGGAGUUAAAUGAACAGAAAAAGAGAAUUAACGCUCUUGAAAUCGUAAACAACGCAGAGAACAAUCCUCGGCCAUCAUUCGAACCAAGCUUUGUGGAGUUAAUCAAGAGACGUUCACCCGGUAAGUUUGUCUCUCGAGUCCCGUUUACUGUUUUUAAACUUAGCUAUUUAGCUCUACUGUCAAAUACCAAACCACCGGUUACCAAAUCGCAAAGGAAACACGUACAUUUCAUAUUCUUCAUUUAAUUUGCGCAUGAAAGUGUGUGUUGACUCGGGGGGAGAUGGUAAGCUCUCUCCGUUUUUGCUUAGGGGGAUUACCGUUGAGCUACAAAUUUGCUGCCCUGUUGUAGACCAUGUCCCGAAAUCACCCCAUCACAUACUAACUCGUUGUAAGCCAAAAACAUUACAUCUUCAUAUCAUUAUAAUCACUGGGUAUCAGGAAUGAUACCCCAUUCUACAUAAAACUUCUGAUUUCUAUGCCUUGAUCCACGACUACUGAAACUGUACAGCAAAUAUCUGUAUAUAUACCCCCUCCCCCCGGGAGUCUACUGAACAUGACCCCUGAUUUGUUUGCUUUACUAUUCUUUCUGCUGCAGUAAAAGACACAGAAAGCUAUUGACUCAAUCUUUAGGAAUUCUUUUAUAUCAGUUAAAGUGUAAAAAUAUUUUCUUAGCGAAACAGUUGAUCCCCAUGUGAAGGGAUCUUUCUCCGUUGUUUCACGCGAAAGAUCUCUCAGGAUCUGUAGACGCACUCUGAUGCUGUAUCUGUUCUUAACAAGCCAGAAGCUGUCAGGGAGUCUGCUAGUCAACCAGUGCUUGAAAAAAAGGCAUUGAUUUGAAUUUUUUGGAACGAUUUAAUGCAAAGUUUUCCAUUUCACAGUUGGGUUUUGUUCCUCCGCCAGCUCAAUUAAUUAGAUAGACAAUCACUUAUCUCUUUGGUCCGGAAGGGUAUUUUCGGCAGCCGGGAUUUAACCAAAAGACACGCAGCGAGGGAUUCGGGAAAAUUAUUACUUACUCAGACAAGUUCUUUACAUUUACAUUGUAAAUCUUGAAUAAGAUAGUCAUAGUUUUAGUGUCAUUCUCUCUUGCGGCCAUUAACACGGAGGGAACUUCGCGAUCCAGAAAAAAUAAAUUCUUCGGUAGGCUUGGGGUAAUCGACCAACGAUGCAAUAAUCAGAAAGACAUGUCAGUGGACCCACACAUAUAGUCUUUUGUGACUGCGCUUGAACACAGCAGACAGUAAUGCUUGAACUUCAGGCCGCCAUCUUCAAAACAGGUGAAAGAAAGUUUCAGUGGUAAGACACGAAUAAAUUUAAAGAAAAUUUCACAUUACUGUGGCCAGACAAAAUGUAAAUUCAUUCCCUUUGAAUUCAUCGAUAAAAAUUCACCGAUACUCACGACUUCGGACGUUUUUCCUGCAAAUCAACUACUCGGGAUUCAUCAUAACCAUUCUACUUUAACACUGUUUUGAGUUGUAUCUAAAAUGUAUUUUGAGACUCAUCCACUCAAAAAGUUACAAACAGAGUUCAAAUAGACUAUUUGAAAUAUGUUUUAAAACCUUAAGAACUGACUGCAUUUUAAAUACUUUUAAAUAGGGUACUUAAACACCGUUUUGAGGUAUAUUUGAAUUGUAGUUUGGGCACACAACACUCUGACUAUAAAAACAGAUAUACAUAAACUAUUUUAAGUCUGCUUAAAGACAUCAAAUGCUGACCUUACUUUAAAUACUUUAAAGUACUUAUUACUUAUUAUUACUGAGGUGCGAUAUUGUAAUGUACUAUGGGAUACUCAGACUAUAAAAGUAACAAUUGCACAAAGUUAAUUUUUAAGCCUUCAUAGUGUCACGAACUCAUAAAUGACUCAAAACAAGCUGUCUCAUAUUGUAGACCGGAUUCUCUUCUCAACAAAGUUCGAAGCUGAACGAAAAAUUAAAUCUAAAUUAAAUAAAAAAAAGAGAAGAAAGUUAGGAAUAGAUUUUAGCUUUAACUGACAACACGUAACUGUGACAGUGUGCCGAUAAGAGAUCAAUCCGUUCCUCAAUGUUCAUUACCUGCAAGCUCUCUGCGAAAAUCUCCUCGUAGAUUUUAGCCGUGAUUCAAUUAAUGCAGCUACGGCAUUCCAUAAGUUUUUUAAAAAAACUUCUUAAAAUCUCAUCUUAAUGGAAAUUUUUCACAAACAGCCGAGGCCGCGGGCCGAGAACCGGAUGCACGCGGUCAACAGAGGUUUAUCUAAAAUAAGCCCUUGAAAUUAUAUAAUAAAUAAAUUAUCCAAGCUAAGAUCUCACCUCGUAUAUAUUGCAUCAAGAAACAAAGCUCAGAUCUGAAUAACUCCGACAUAUGGUUGUCUUUCUCUCAUAGAUUAUUCCGUACAUGCAUAGGAUAUUAUUGCUGAGAUGUCACGCGCGACUGAAAUCACGACUUCGCGCCGCGGUAAUGUGACAAAUGCACGUGAUAAACAAACCGUCCUUUGUCCUUUGCUCAUUUCAAAUUAUUGAACCGGCGGUUACUGUGAUUGCGGGUGCGCUUGAUUUUACUGUUUGUUACGAUCUUACAAAAGUACAUUUCAACUCUGCGGAUUGUCUGAACACGUAGAUGUUGCUUUUAUCACGAAUCAAAAAUGGGUAUGACUCCUCAGCGACUGCUUUGUACUUUGAAAGGUUCUGGUUCAGGUUCUAUUCGAAGCACGCUGUCUUAUGUGUUAAUCCAAGAGUCUUCUCUCAUGUGAGUAUUAUAACAUGUUACUAAGACGCUUAAGUAUACGCCAUAUGAGAAACAAAUGAAGGGUAGUAAACAUUUAUAUACUCCCGCCUGUACGGCAAUUUUAGUUUUUACAGGGUUCCAUGCUCAUCCUGGCUGUGUUGCAUGAAUGAUCUCAGUCACUUGAUGUCACGCUCUUUCAUUCUCGCGUAAAUUUGAUGGUGUUAUUCUUAUGUUGUGCUUUAUCAGCCAAUAAUUAAUGUUCAGGCGUAGCCUGCAAGCUUCUGAUAAUACUUUAGUAAAGCCGUGAAUAUAAUAAAUAAUGUAAGUUACAUGUAUGUAGAUUAUUAUUUACCGGUAACGUCAGUAACGCAAACCCCUUUUGAAGCCGAAGAUUGAUAGCCUGUGUACAGACCCCCUCCCCUCCGAUGUUUAUUGAGGGGAGGGGGUCUGUACACAGGCUAAAGAUUGAUUUCAACAUUUCUGAGAAAUUCCAUAAGAAUUUCCCGAGAAUACGUAGGGAAAUCAACGUAAAGUCAUCGGCUAAGAGAUAAUUCUCGUGAAGUCCUGGCCUAGGACUCUGUGGAGAAAUUUCGCAGAGGUAAAUCUAGCUUUUUCAGGGUAAUUUUCGACGGUUAUGUAGUCAUUUUAUUUCAUGAAUUUAAAUGGUAUUUCCAUCCUGUUUUUGUACUGUUUUUAUGCUCUUUCGACCGAUUUUUGUACUGUUUUCAGACAACUCUAAGGCUAUUUUCUUACAAUUUUAUCCUGUUUUUGCAUUUUUGCAUCCUAUUUUUGAUGUAUUUUCACAAUAUAUGCGUGCUAUAUUGCUUUUCUUCUUCUGUGUUAUUUUAAUACUAUUUUAAAAGUAUUUUUAUUGUAUUUGCAAAUACGAGUAUUUUACUAAAUUUCGAGACCGAUUAAACAGCUAUUGAAAUAUAUUUUGAAGCAUAACAUUUUAAUAUUAAACAGGUUAAAAACCCUUUAAAAUCAGUCGAAAAAUAUAUUAAAAAUAUAUUUUUGUACCUAUUUUAAACCUGUUUUUUUUUUUCAAAAUACGUUUAAAAUUGCCAUUAAAAAUAGUUUUAAAAUAGUAUAGCAAAUUAAAAUAUGUUUUUAAAACUGUUUUUAUCCUGUUUUUAUUCCGAUUUAUAAGGUAUUUAAAAACUGUUUUAGACCUGUUUUGAGCCUUGCAAAAGCCCUGGGAUUUUUUUUAUAUUUUAAACGAAUUUUAAAAUACUUUAAAAAUUGUUUUUUAAUAGCAUUUUAAACAGGUUAAAACAUCUUUAAAAGCAGUCGAAAAAUACAUUAAAAAUACACUUUUCACCCUAUUUAAAACCUAUUUCACAAAACAGGUUAAAAACAAUUUUCAAAAAUAGCUUAAAAAUACAUUCAAAACAGUGUUGGAUUUGGUAAGGGUACUCACUUUUCAUGGAAAUCAUGUGACUUUCUGUGUUUUUGUGAUACAGUCAAACCUGCAUUAAGCGGUCGUCCUUUGGGAUGGCUUAGUACUGACCACUUAAAGGAACAGGUUCACGUUUCAGCGCAUGCUCAUUUACCAAAAUGCUGUUUUUCUGCCGGGACAUGCUGUAUCACAAUGCGAGCAAUAUGAUCAUGUCAUAAUGUUGUCAAAGAACCAAUCUGCCCACUCCUCUGGCAGUCACUUGCGCUUGAUCAACUUGAAUAUUUGCACAUAGCUGUAAAUUAAUCAACCAUGGAAUGAAACCUUCGGGUCAACAAUAAAUUCAACUUUGGUAGUGUUGGCAUAAUCCACUAAUUUUUCUGCGAUUUUAGUUCUCCUCCAUCCUACUUCAGGUUACUUUGAAAUACAUUUCUACUUUGAAAUACACUCUGAGAUCGCUGAGAUACAUGUGAGUGCAUGGGAUUAUUAACCGAUAGAAUUGAUAAUAAAUUUUAAAAAAAAUUAUUAAUGAGCAUGCGCUUAACCUUGAACCUGUCCCUGUAAUACAGGUUGACCAUUUAAUACAGGUUUGACAAACGUGAGGGCGGUUAUUCAAGAAAAUGAAGGUAGUCAAAGAGCGAAAUAUCUAUCCCACGACAAAUUGACCUCCACCUGUUUCUACCUCUUCUUAGGCCAAAACGAAAAAAAUUAAAGACCACUUAACGCUAUACAAAGUGCGACCUGUUGCACUAGUAUGGUACGACGUCUUUAAUUUACCCCUCAAAGUAACCUUUUAAUGACUUAAAUAGAGAUGAAGGCGAUAACAAUUAAUUCGUUGGGACCUCGGAAAAGGUGACUGCGGCCGCUUAAUUCAGGUCAUUUUUACAGUAAUUAAGAAAAUGGAUUUCUGGGACUUUGGUAAGUGAACACUUAAUAGAGGUCUGCUUAAUACAGGUUUGACUGUAUGUUUUUCGACCUUGGAUACUUUAGCGCGUGCUUUUUUGCAUGAACUUUAAAAGAAUGCCUAAGAAGCAAAAAAAUCUGUGAGUUAUGAAAUUCCGCGAGAAAUGAACAUUGUAAAAAAUUGAACCCAGCAUCUCCCACCUGCAUGGUCAUUUUAAAUUCAUAUUUAUGUUCAAAUUAGCCGCUAAAGGCCUGUGGGUUGAAUUAUCGGUUAUAAUAAAUUUGAUGAAAUAAUAUGCCAAUUUAAGGGUAAUACAUUAAUUCAUUCAAAUGAAGAAUGAUCCACGCAGUUGUGAACGCAAUUUAUGCAUGCAAUUACGUCAGAAGCCUGAAAAAAAUUUCAAGACCUUACGGGGAUUUCAACCCCUGACCUCGCGGUACCGGUGCGAUGCUCUAACCAACCGAGCAUGAAGCCACCAAUAUUAAGGGCUGGUUCCAAUAUCGGCCAUGCCCUAAGCUUUGGAACAACCUAAUGGUCUCAAUGCAAUGCUUUGUACCGUUUCCAUUACUUCUAUCCUCGUCAUGAGAAUGGAUAAACUCUUUAAAAGGUGUCACUCGGUGUUUACGUUUUCUAAACAUAUACUAGUCUAAUAAGUGUUGGAUUUCUGUCCCCGAAGGUGGAGUUUGGCGACGUGCGUCUAUUCUACCGAAAUGCUUAUCGUCCAGUGCCAAACUGCAAUAGACCGUUCCCCGGAGGGUUAAUAUUUGGGAUACAAAAAGUGACAAAAACGAAUAGUCUAACUCUUAGACAUUCUUUGAGAAACGGUAGUAGACAUCCUGAGUGACACUCUGUGUAUUAGUUUUUAGUUUUGUAAUUCCGCUAUUUCGCCCUCGAGCUUUCUCGGUAAGCGCUUAAAACGCCUCAGACAUUUAUGCGCUCCUAGGCUGUCCACUGCCACUUUUUGUGGGACUGAGUGAUGGCAUGAUGACAAUUUAAGUGAUUUACUCAAGUCAAUCAGUAACGGUUAUAUAGUUGAAACGAAUUAUAAUGUUUGUUCCUGAAUUCAAUUCAGUUCUUUAUUUCACACUAUAUAAUUAAGAUAUUUACAUAAGUGUACGUAGGUAGGAAAAUAAAGUAGUUGACAAAAUAAUAAUUAACUAAAAGACAUUAAGUUCAUUUGUGUACAGUUUCCAAAGUAGCAAGAGCUUUCUUGUUGGAAACCGUCAUGUUGAAAUAAUCGGCAGCAGUAAAGAGGGGAAUAAAAUCUCAGAUAAUAUCAGUGAUAGAACAUAUAAGCAAGGUCAGAUUUGGUUGGUUAGAAGAUAGGACUUCCAUUCUUUCCUAAACUUAUGAUAUGGCAGACACUUGAGACCAGGCGGCACAGUCUCCCAGAUUUUUUGAGUGGAGAAUCAGGACGUCAGGACGUCUUACCUAAGUUGGUGGAUACUCUUGGCCUAAAAUAAUUCAGAUUACUGACAAAUGUUGUAUUAUGAUUGUGUAUACGCGAUGCUAGAGUCAGAACAUCAAGGAAAAUAUCUGGAAUGCUAUCAGUCUCAUUUCUCAUUCUAUGUAUAAAGCAAAAUAUUUUUAAUUUAUAUAUAUUAUCUAAUUCAAUAAUAUUAUCUAAUUUAUUUAUAUUAUCUAAUUUCCUCUUUAGAGUUCAAGUCUUCCAAACAUCACAGGAACAGGCGACAGAGUAAUUCCCUUAAAAAUUCAACGGACGUGAUAGUCUUAACAGAUACAAAGCUUAAGAUAAGCAACCUUUUGUCACAUUUAAAACCACACAUCUGUCCGUCAAAAGGAGCCACGUGUCCACCAGGUCCCCCUGGCCCUCCCGGUCCAGAUGGACCCAAGGGACAGAAAGGAGCCCGGGGAAGAGGUGGACAAAAGGGAAAAACUGGAAACAAAGGAGACCGAGGUGAUAUGGGUUUGGUAGGAAAGAAAGGCAGAGGUUCUCCAGGCCGUCCUGGUCCAACUGGACCCAAGGGACAAAGGGGAGCCCGAGGACGAAAAGGACAAAAAGGAACAACUGGCGACAAAGGAGGCCAAGGUGUUAUGGGAUCACCAGGAAAGAGUGGCAAGCAAGGCAUCAUGGGAGCUGUUGGUCCGCCUGGCGAAACCGGACCUAAAGGACAGAAAGGAGAAAUGGGACUCGCCGGUACGCCGGGAAUUAAAGGACAAAAGGGAGACGUAGGGCACUUUGAUAUCCAAGGAUUUAAAGGAGAGCAUAGCAAAUCGAUUUCUGGAUCUACUGAUAUUUCCCCUGCAGGUAUUAAAAAAAUACUGUUGUGUAAGAAAAAUGUUAUUGUACUUUUCCAUGAAAAAUACCCUCUAUUCCUCGUUCUCCAUCAUUUAGUUUCUAUUUUCUGGUAGCAGCUGUAUUUCAUUUUGUGGCUGCAGUGAAAGAACACGAAUACGGCAGUUAAAAGUUUGAAAAACUUAAAGAUUUUUCCUGUAGUCCGCUGUAAGAGCCUGCAUGAACUAUCACAAACGCAGCCAUCGAUAAAUCCCUUUGCGACACUUUCCUCGACGGAAAAACAAUUCAGUUUUGCAAAACCAAAAACAACAACAACAACAAAAAAAGACAGCAGCUGUAUUUCAUUUUGUGGCAGCAGUACAAGAACACGAUAAUCAGUGUAAAACUUAACCGAAAUGUAAAAAAAGACUUCAGUUGUCGGUCUGUAGUCUGUCAAAUGCUAUAUAAGAUUUUACACAUGAACUCAUCAGUCAGAUUUUUGACUAAGCUAGGGAGGGGGGGGGUUGGUGUUGGAGAAUACUAGGUUGUUCCUGGAGUGUGACUAAAGCGUGACCAAGCAAAAAGUAAAGCCUUAGAGAUUGAUUUGCGAAAAUUUUGUCUUACGUCGAACACAGGAGACUUCAUUUAGAUUUUUACUCUAUCAACCCCGUUGGUUGCCCCCAAAAUGGUUAAUUUUCGCCUAAACGAAGCGUAAUGUCAGAGUCUGGGACUCCCUUCCCUACCAUACUGAGUUUUCUCAAGAUGGAAUCUUAAGCCUCCUAGAAAAAUCGUUUCGCCGUCGAGCUUAGUUUUUUGGUCAAAAUUCGCGCCAAGAAAAACACGGGUUGCCGAAUUUCAUUUGGCGCAUAAAAAUUGCCAGUCACCCCGGCCGUACCCCCACCCCCUUUCCACUACCUCGGACAAAAUCCGUACCAAAUUUUCUGGCAUCGAUAGGUUUCCAUUUCCCUUUAGGUGUGGCGCUGUCCACCUGAAACAAUGAAAUAAUUCACAGUUUCAUUGAGUGACGAAAAGGCAAUUUUUCUUUUUCUGGAUAUUUCUAAACAUCUUUCCUUCUUUUAAUUACUGUUUUAAAAAAGAUUCGCCCCAAACAGCCCUCAAAAUCACCUUAGAACUCUCUGCGUGAUGUGAUAGCCCUGUUUAAAUCAGGUUGUGCCAACAGGAAAAAAAAAAAUAUAUAAAGUUGUAGCGCGGAUUUUUGACCGGUUCUUAAGACAGGUUUGUCUUGAAAUUUCAAGGUGUUGUAGUGAAUCAAUCUUAAUGAAAGUUUCAGACAUUAUAAUUAUAUACGGCAUUAUGAGGAUUAUGUGAAGAGAUUUUAAAAAAAUUCGUUCGAGUCGUUUUAGAGAUAUACAAAAAAGCGCUAAAAGUCCAAAUUUUGAAUGAAGUUGCACUUAUACAGGUGGUGAGAAAACGGGUUAGUUUUGAAGAUUGCAAGAACGAAAAUAAACCAAAAUUUCCUAGCGUUAAAAUUUGAAAUUAAGCAGCAUUCUUACGCUACUGAAGAAUAAUUUGAGUCAUUUAUAACGUUUUUAUUAAGUAAUCUAUCACGGCUAUUGAAAAUUUAAGGUUUGAAACAUAUUUUCCUUUCAGUGGAAUUCAAACAUACAGAAUUUUUUUACUUCUUACGGAGAUUGUUUGCUAAACACCAAACUUUAAGUUCCUAGCGUUGGAUUUUCAGUAGCUGGUCUAGAUCACACAAAUUUCGGCUUUUAUCAAUUUCAAAGUUUUUGUUUAUUGUUGUCAUAGUAAUAUCGAUUUUACUUAAAACUGCAUUUUCACAAAUCUCAAUCCAUAGCCAAUUACUGGUGAAAAUAUUAUAGCGAUCGGACAAGGAAAAAAACACUUUUAAGGCGAUUGAAAAAUAUUGGUAUGGCCUCUGAAAAACUGUAUCGAAACACCUGAAGAGUGAUAUGGAAACAAAACAAGCCACAAACCAGUGUAAGCAUUGAGCUUUAUAAACGGACUAUUAUUCCCUCCCCCCUAAAUUUCGUCAUAUUUCAGAGCAAGGUCGUAAAAUUUAAGGCACUUUCUUUUACACGGAACCUUCACAUACGAAAAGAAAGUUUCUCCGAUAAAAUUCACAAAAAGAACAACUUAUCAAUGUGUCAAUAAUAGUUUAAUAAGAAUUGAAAUAAGAAUAACACAUCCAAAAAAAAAUAGUGAUUAAAGUAGUAAUGGUCGGAGGUUUUAGACAUUUUUGUUUUAUGGUCACGUGAUCAUAGGAGUGGUCUGAUGACGCCAUAUCACUAACAAGUACUGUGCUAUAAAAUUACUAAUGCAUGGCAAAAGGAGUCUUCGUUAGACGGCCAGAAUUUUCCCCAGCAACAGCCCCAAAGGAUAGGUCAGAGGGCCCUUAAACAAGUCGAGAAAACUGUGUUUAGAUUUAAAGCUUCGUUUAAUGAUUCUGUACAGUCAAAACAAAAAAAUAAUAAGUUAACGUAAUAUUUUUAAUUUACCUUGUUGUACGGUUUUUUUUAUUUCUUUUAGGGCUGUAAUAAUUUAACGAUUAAUUUAGUUGUAAAGUAUUGUUUGUCAGUGAAUGUCUUUCGUAAAUGUCCUUUUUUUAGUACUGUAAACAGGGGCGGAUCCAGGAUUUUUUUUAGGAGGGGGUGCACUCGUCUCUUGCUCUACUUCAACACCAAUAAACCACAUAGUUUUCUUUUGCAGAAUACCAGUUGUAUUAGAAAACCGCAGGUCAUCUCAGGGGGAAGGGGGGCGGGGGGGGGGGGUGCGCACCUCCUGCACCCUCCCCCUAGAUCCGCCCCUGGUAAAUGUCAUUAUCAUUAAAAGAUACUUUAGCUCAGUAGUGAGUUUGUCAAGCUAUAUGUUAUUUCUUUUAUUUAGCAUUUGUUGUUCUUUGUCUAGGUCUUAUGCAAAAACUCAUUCUUAAUUUUUAAUGCGUGCUUUUAACUGCAGUUCGUCCUUCCAUUUCUAUUGAUCCCGGACCCCUUUACGCUCUUGAAGGCAGUCAUAUCACUCUUCCAAAAUGUGACGUGACUGGUCAUCCCAAACCAACCAUAUCCUGGAGUAAGGAUCUUGGUCGGCUUCCGCAGGGCAGAGUACAGAUAAAAAACGAUGCCAUCAAACUUCUCAGAGUCCGCCAAAGUGAUUCUGGUAGCUACUUCUGCAAUGCGACUAAUUUCGUGGGAAGCGCAAUACAAAAAACUCUUCUAGUUGUGGUUUAUCUUCCUCGCUUCACUGUGGUGCCACCUGCAAAAGCUGUUACAUGGACUGGGCGCACUUUAACACUAACAUGCAAGGCUACAGGUGAUCCUAGACCAAUUAUAAGCUGGAGAAGACAAGGAGGUCAACUCCCAGUCGGGCGGAGCCACCAGAUAAACGGCACUUUAGUUUUAAGGGAGAUUGAAAUGUGGGAUAGAGGGAUUUACAUUUGUGCUGCAACGAGUGCUGGAGUGCUUAACGUGCAAACUGUGACCACAAUUGAGGUUUUAAACCCAAGAGGUGAGUUUUGGUUUUUUGGCUCAAGUGAUAUUCUUUAUUUAGCACUUGAUAAUACGGCGUUAAACUCCACAUAAUCUAUAUUAGUGUAGAAUUCGUACUGGCACUUUAAAUCUAAAAAAUAAAAUUUGCGACCCAGGGAGAUAGAAUAAACUGUUAAGUUUUGUAUUUAGCCCUUCAUCCAACCGAUAUUGACGUAUUUGUAGUUGAAAAAACUGUUCUUUCUUGCAAAAACAAAUAAAGAAAUAAACACACCAUGCCCACCCACCCUCCCCGACCUACCGUUUUCAAUUUUACUUACUCUUGUUCAGACAGCAGAUAAUUUCAGUAAUUUGGGAAAUUCUGAAAUACUAGAGUAUUCCAAUAAAGAAGGAAACUUUUUCCAGAUAUUAUAGCGGGUACUAUAAUAGUUGCUGUGUUGCCAGCUGGGUUUUGGUUUAUAACUCUGAAAGGUGAAAAAUGUUAUAUUUUUUCUUUUCUCUCAUUCACGAUCAUUGCCAUAUAUUAUCAAAGAAAAGUACAAACAAUAUAGAAUACUUCAUGGAAAGUGGGUGCGUACGGUAUUUGCGCACGAGUUGUUGACUUAUCAGCGAACGAGUGAGAUUUCUGAUACAAAAACAACUAGUUUCUGAGAUGUUUUUCACUUUUCUACGAGAGAAACUCUACUUUAUGGUCUUUCCUCGUUGAAUGUCGUCUGCGAAGCAACUCGUAAAGCGAGGGCGCUGCAAGCUGCAAGUGCCUAUAAAAAGCGGGGAUUUUGGCGUAAAACUCACACACCUCUGUUGCUUCUGAUUGAACGUAUCAUUUUUCUCACACGUGAAAAACAUCGUUCGCCCCUCUGAUUGGCCAGAACUCAUUUGCGUAUGAAAAUUUACGUCAUAGCUUCUCACUGAGUAUAUCUCCGUAUGUAUAAAAUAAAGAACUUUAAUCAAGGUAACAAAAUGAACCAUAGCAAUGUUAAAGAAAUUAGCCCAAAAUACCAAACCAAACUGCUGCUCAGAUUUUGAAUGAAUAUCAUACAUUAUUGGAUGAGGCUGAAUAUCAUCUUAAGAAUUAAAACGCACUCCUCGAUCUCCAUAAUUCUUCAGAUGAUAGGUUGAGUAUGAUCGUCUGAGGUCAACGUAGUCUUGAAUAGGACCGUUGUUGUUGACACUGACUGAAGUUUCGACAAUCUGUGAGGUAGUCAUCUUGAGAGUCAAAGUGAGUUGUAUCACGUCAGUUGAUGGUAUUUAACUCUGGUUGUUGACCUAAUUGGUCAAUUAAGUCGCGAUGUUAUUGGUCGUCUAUCAGUUAAGCCUUGAUGUCCUUGGCUUUGAAGACUCGUAGUGUCAUUGGUGAGUUUCGAUCCGUCUAUUAUCACAGUUAAUCAGUCGUUUAUUGUUAGUCAAAUUGUCAGUUGUCCUGUCCUUCUCUCGUGUUUAGUUUUGGUUGAUUCCGUCAAUAAGUCGUUUGUACGGUGCCCGUAGCUGUUGACUACUAUUCAGUGGCGUUUGUUCUAAGUUAGUAAACCAGCUUUCUAAAGUGAGUCGUUGACAGUAGGUCUGUAGAAUACGUAAUACAUGUCGCAGAUCGAAUCCCAGUCGAUUUGAGGUUUCGUCUGUACAUGGUGUUCAGCGAUGUGAUUGUUGACGUCACCAUUUCUCUUCGCUCGUUUUUGCUCGGUCAGUCGAGUGCUAAGGUUUGGCCGGUUUCACCAAUGUAAGUAGCCUGGCAGUCGCAGCAUUUGAUCUUGUAUACUGCACCCUGUCUGUCCUCUGCAUAGUUUGCCUUUGUCCUUGACAUUACUGUAAGUAGUCGUCGUGAAGCAGUUAUCGGUUUGUGUACAACACGCAUAUUGUAAGGUUGUAGUAUACGUGCGAUAUUUUUAGAGGUGCCACUGAUGUACGGUAUAGUCGCUGUCGUAACAGGGCCAAUGUUGACCAUGGUCUGAGAGUUGGAAUCAGUGUUACUGUAAGUGUUCCGUCUAACAAAGUCCGCGUUGUAGUUGUUUUUACUAAAAACGUUGUUUGGGUGGACAUUCUCUUAUUGUAGGCUCUCGGUUGUGCUUGUCUCGUGAAAUUCCGUAUAGUUGUAGUCUUGUGAGAGGUGGGUUGUAAGAUGUCUGGUCAAGUAAUCGGUCGAUAUGCGUCAGUUUUCUGUAAGUUGUCGUUCGUAGUCUGUUGUCGUGGCGAAUGACCAAGCAGACUAGAAAAGGUAUUUUACCAUUUAUUCUAAAUGGCGUUGUCUUUAUUGACCUUACUAAGGCAUUCGACACCAUUGAUCAUGAGAUCAUCUUGCGUAAGAUGUCAUACUUGGGUGUCGAUCGGGCAGCUAUAUAUAAAGUGGUUCUCUUCGUACUUAUAUUAAGCGGCCAAACCCAAAGAUGUAAUGUCAGUGGCAAACUAUCAUCUGCUCGUACCCUCAGUUGCGGCGUGCCGCAGGGUAGCAUAUUGCAUUGGGUCCUUUGCUAUUUUUAACUUACAUUAAUGAUCAUCCCAACUCCCUGCGGGGCGCCGUACUAAGAAUGUUUGCCGAUGACACCAAUCUUUCGUUAUCUGCUAAGACGUUAACAGAGCUUAAGCUAGCUCUAACCCCUGAAUUAAAUAACCGUAGCUGUUGGCUGAAAGCUAACAAGCUCAGUCUAAAUUAAUGUUGCUAAAACAGAGCUAAUGAUUAUUGGAUCAAGACAAAGACUAUCUGCCCAAUGUGACGAUGUAGAAAUCAGAAUUGAUGCCCAAAUUACCAAGAGAGUCGAUCAUACCAAAUCCUUGGGUCUUACCAUAGAUGCUCAACUCUCUUGGGGUAAACACGUUGAAGAGAUUUGCAAGAAAGUCUCUUGAGCUAUUAGUCUGCUACACAGCCGUUUUCUGGCGGAAAUGUUAUAUUUGUAUAAUUACUUCCUGAAUCGCUGCUGAAUCGGAUAAACUUAUUACCAUACCCAGCAUUUACAUUGAACCAAGUAAAGCUCAUGUUGAUUAUUCAGUUUAAACCAAUAGCAUACUCAUGAUUAUUAUAUGGCUGAGUCUGUUUUCUGCGUGCGAUUGGUCAAUUUGCGGUCCGUAACUUGCUAUACAGACCAAAAUUUUUAAAGAAAAUGCUCAUUUCGGAAGUCUAAAUCUCUUUACCUCGGAAAAAAUGUUUAAAUAAAGUUAUAAGACGCCUGUCAACCUUGAGGACUUGGAUGUUGACUUUGGCCUUCAACAUUUUAAACUGUGUUUAUUUGUGAACGAAGGCGAUGAAUAAACUAACUCGUAAUCUCAUCAAAGAGGAUUCUAGUCAGUGAUUGAAAAUUUUAUCGUAGUACACAGUUAAGAACACGAAAAUCGACUGGCAGAGAUUCGAGAUGUUUUGCCUAAGAGAAAAUGAGUAAUUCCUUCAACAAAUAUGAUAGCAAACAUACCUGCACCCGAUCAUCUUGACAAGCUUCUUUGCCAUUUGCAGUGUUUUUUCAAAGACCAACGAAAGAAAGAUAGAAGCGAGUUCGAACCAGACACAAUAAUGUCCAGUUUUCAAAAGACUCCCGCGUCACAUGAACUAGUGAAUACUUACAGUGCUCUUAGUUUCCACCGAAUAAACUAUUAAAUAUGUAUGUAAACCCUGAGGACUGGGAUGUUGACUUUGCCUUUCCAAAUGUUAACCUAGCUUUGUUUUAAUGAGAACGAAGCUGUUGUAGAAACCGAAUCGUAACCUUACCAAGGAAGAGAAUUCUAGUCAGUGUUUGAAAAUUUUGACCCAGAUCACAAUUGAAGACGAGAAUGAACUGGUAGAAAGAAAGGUUUUCCCAAAAACAAUUAACGAGCGAAUCCUUCGACAAUGACAACAAACUUACCUUGAACAGCUUCUUUGCCUUUUGCAGUGUUUUUUUCACAAGGACAAACGAAGGAAAGAUGGAAACGACUUCUAGACAGACACAGUGUCCGGUUUCCAAAAUACUCCAGCGUUACAUUAAAGAGCUAGAACUUACAGUGUUCUUAGUUUUGACCGAAUAAACUUUUUUAACAUGGCGAAUUUGUUUUCAUUUUCUCAGAAAGCCUUUGUUAUGUGCUAUUGUUUUCGUGCGCCAAUAAAAACUUUCUUUUUUGACACCUGUCAAAUGACUGUCAAAUCGUGCGUCCUGCACUUGUUUCCGAUCCCCCAAACAGGAAGAAGCCAUAUAAUAAACAUCUUAUUAGCCUCGUUUUUUCGGUCCGUACUGUUUCUUUCUUCUUUCUGUUUCGUCCGUACUGUUUCUUUGACUUUAUCUUCAUAUUAUCUGAGAUAUAGGGUGAAAACAGCUCUUCCAUUAUCUCUUCUUUCAUUUUCCAUGGCCCUUUCUGCCUCUCCCAUUUCACCCUUAUUAUAGCGGAGCUCCACGCGCGCGCUUCGCGAGACCCAUAUCUAAGUAAAUCUACCCAUCCCAGAAAAUUUGGUAAUCACGUGACCGUACACCGACCGACCCCCCCCGAGAGACCGUCCGUCCGCACCACGGGAAAACCAAUGUUUACUUUCACUCUUUCUAACUUCUUUGGGAGCCCAGGAGUAAACUGAUUGAACAUUAAUGUUGUGAUCAAUUGACAGCUGUCAAAACAAGGUAUCCGCUGACAAGUAUCACCUGACCGUAUCGCAGGCUCAGGUGUCGACCCAUCGAGGUCGAGUACUUUUUUGAAGUUAUCCGCUGACAAGUUACUAGUUUUCAAAUGAUCGCAGGCUCAAGUUUAUUUUUGAAAAAAUUCAUAUGAAAUAUGCUGUGUUUAUGUCACUAUGCCCCCGCGCUAUUAAGAUUUUGAUUUCAAACUAACCUCGGACGCGGAAAUUCAGUCGGUUAUUUAGAAAUACAGCCGGGGAAGACCUUUUCUUGCCAAGGUCAUGCGUUGGUCACGCUCUACGUCCAAUUUUUAUGCUUUGAUUGGUCAAAAUUUGAUAGGUGAGUUCAUGUGGAAAAUUUAUGCAGCAUCUUGAAACUUGUUCACUUUGACAGCUGAAGCUGACAGAGUUUUUUGUCAACUUGUAAUGUUUUUAAUUGUCCUCUUCCACUGAAUGUACAAAAUGAAAUACAGCUGCUAUCAAGAGUCUUCUGUUAUUCAUGGUUAGUUUGUUUAUCGAUUAUUUGGUUGAGAGACGCGUCGCUUGUCGAAGUCCGAAAUCCGAUUUCGGAUGGCAUGGUUUUCUUUUUUCACCUUGCCUGAUACGUAGGAGCGGUUCAAAAGUCUCAAGCGAUUCUGGCCUUACUUGAUAGCUUUCAGGAGCUGCAUCCCGAAUGGUAAGGCUGAGUUAUUAUUGUAUUUGAUGUUUGUUUUUUUUAAAUCUAAUUUAAUGAAGUCGAGCACCGUUUAUGCGGCAAGUUUAUGCACGUUUGUAAGAUUUGAGACAAUGAUCUGAUCUAGUAUCAGGUUUGAUAUAAGCUUACAGAACUUUAAAAAGCCUAUAGGUAUAUUUUCUCACCGCAAAUAGAAAACGUUCCGAAGAAUAUUUAGUUAUAAAUUUGGCUGUAGAAAGAAAACUUUGAGCGAUUUUCUUGCCUCGAGUCAUCUGUGGAAAAAAGCAAACACCGGCAGGCCGGCUUAAAACAUAAACUUAAGCUUUAAGCUUUAAGAUGCAGGAUUUUUAGAAACACUUUAAUACUUGUCUUUGUGAAUCAAAAUUGUUGUCUCUGCAAAUGUUUCUCCGAAUUAUAUUUCUUUCAUUGAUUGUUAGUAGUCUCUCUUGCAAUUUUAAUCGCUGUCUCGUUUGUUUUCAGUUGUUCAUGAACAUUAACGGCUUGGAAAAUAAAAUUUCGAGGACAUUUUUGGACUUUUUACAUUUAGGGCAUGAAUUUUUCGUCAUUUCAGGCCAUGGAACCUAAAAAUGAGCCUAGCUAGCUGUAAAAAGGGGCAAUACGGAGGCAAUACGUCCUAGCCGGCAUGAUCACAUGCUGUUUACGGAAAAUUCCCUCAUCCAUGUCAGGAAAUUCUGUAUUUUAAAGCCUCCCCUAGGGCAUGACUCAGCAACUGAGGACAUUUCUGCUACGUUUUCAAAGUUGGUUAGCAUGCAAAGAUUUUUCCCAUGCCUAUCGUCAACGAUUUGCUCACUGGUAAUAGAGGGGGUGGCCCCAGAGUGAUUUUGCAUUGAAAUUGGCAUGCAACAGAAUUUCGCAUGCCCUGUAAGCAUAAUCUGAGGUUCCGUGACCGUCUCACCCAGGCCGCCAGAAGCCUAGGUUCUAGUAAUAAGUAAUUCAUAACCAGCAAAAUCUCCUGCAUGCCGGGUAUGCCAAAUUUUCUGGCAUGCCCGGCAUGCCAAAUUCUCUGGCAUACCGGGCGUGCCAUAAUCUGGGUCAUGCCGGGCAUGCUUUCAACGCACAGAUUAUAAUUCCUUGAAUCUACAGAUGUUUUAAGCCUGGCUUAAAAAAAAAAAACUAAACAGAUCACAGUGCUUAUCUUUUGAUGUACGGUUACACGAUGACGUCAUUGCUAUUCCUUUCAUUUUCAUAGAUUUGGUUGUCCCAGCGAAGUUUAAAUAACAAAAGCUCUAAUUUUCACAAGAAAGAAAACCCCUGAGGGAUUCUGCCGUAGUAAUAAAACAGCGUCAUCGUGGAGAUGACCUGUUGGGGGAUUGUAAAAACUCCUCACCCCUUUUAAUGAGUCUUUAAUAGGAUUCCCAUUUCACAUUGCGAAUAAAAUGGAAUUGACUGAAAUCAGUAAAAAGAGAGACAGAGACUAUUUUCAUUGUAUAAUAAAAUGCAUCUAUGUUCCAUGAAAGCUUGUAAAAAUACAAGGUUAUAGAAUAUCUUUCAAAGUUCAUUACAAACUGAGCUAAGCCCCAAAAUCACUGUUCAUUAUUCCGUAAAUCAUGAUGUUUGACAAUGCAAUGUGCUUGAAUAUAACGUUGCAAUUACAAAUCUCUCUAAAGCAAAUUUCCCUACGUUAGAAAAGCUGUUUUUAUCUUGUUUCACAUUUUGAUAAGGAGUCUGAGUUCCUCUUUCUUGUUGUGUAGGCUUGCCAGGGAUUAAUGUUUUUGUGUCAUUACCAGUGUCUGUGUUUGUUGUUUUUAACUCAAAGUAAGUCAGUAAUAACUGACAGUAUCAAAGAAUUGCUCUCUAGAAAAGUAAUUAUCUCCUAGUCAUGUCUGGAAGUUACCUGUAACAAAAAAGAAAUGGAAUGUUAACACAUGCAAGGGCAAUAUGAGAAAAAAGAAAAAGAACAUGUAGAGCUCAGCUUUUCUCAACAUAUUUUCAUACUGGCUUGUUCAGUCUGUUAAAGGUCGCAACUAGUUGUCUGAGGCUAAUUUCACAAGAGUGUGCAAUUGAGAUAAAUGCAUGGUAAAUAAAGUGAAAGAAACCAGGGGCGGAUCUAGGGGGAGGGUGCAGGGGCUGAGGACCCCCCCCUCUGAGAUGACCUGCGGUUUUCUAAUACAACUGGUAUUCCGCCAAAAAAAACUAUGUGGUUUAUUGGUGUUGAAGUAGAGUAACAGACGAGUGCACCCCCUCCUAAAAAAAAUCCUGGAUCCGCCCCUGGAAACGUGGUUUUACAUUAGCCAAUUUACAUUGCGUUGUUCGAUGAUGUUUACACGCUCUUCUACUGCGAAAUAAACCUUUGCAUUUGGAUUUGCAAGUCUACCGAGUUUGACUGACACUUAAUUGAACAACGGUUUCAUUUUUAAGCAGGUAAGGUGUAGACCCAUAUAAAGCCGGAAUAUGUCAAGGAAAUUCAGCAAAAACUUUUUCGCAUCUUUUUGUGGCGAUAUUCUCUCACGGCCAGUCAACUGAUUAGAGGAUGCGAAGAAAAAAUAAAUUAGAACCAAAGGUUAAAGCCUGUCCGGUUACAUCAUUUCGUAUGUUACCUAGAGUUCUAAUAAAUAGGUCAUAAAAUAGGAUUUAACGAGAGCGAAUUUGUUUCUCAAUCGGUGUAUAAAAAAGUGAAGCUAUCAAAUGAGAGGCUUAUAGAGUAUCAAAAUUAUUAAAGUAAAAGCUCAUAUAAUUAGGAAAAUUCCUAUACGAAAGAAAUGCUAGUGACAUUAAAUUGAUCACAUAAAAUUCUCAGAAAAUAUGUCGCAUAAAAGCCUCAUUGUUUGCUUUUGUUUUUGCGUAAAGGUAAAUUUUUCGGCCCACAAAGCAAAGUUGAAAAAGCGACUAAAUCUUAGUUUUUUACAUUGAACAUGUUUAUUAGCUUAGUUUUCGUCCGUUUUAAAAGCUUUAUAACCCAGUCAUAAUUUUCGGGUUAAAAUAGUACAAAAUCAUUUCAAAAACCAUGUUCAUUUAAAGUAGAGGCGGCAAACAUGAACAUUUUGUAAUUCAAAAGUCGGACCCAGCCAGGUUGUUUAAGCUUAGAAUUAUUUGCUUUUUAGCGUCUUAUAAAUUUACCAGAAUCGCCUCUCAGAGGCUUACUGCAGCAAAGCAUUUUGUAGUACACUCGUAGACAAGCAAUGUAAGCCUUAAGUCUUUGCUUGGAUGAGAUGUCCAAAAGAAAAAUUAGUUUUGUGGACCUAAAGGCACAUUCACAGACUGCUUAUAUGGAGUUGUUUACAACUUUGCAUUGACACCUGCAGCAUGUUCAUUUUUAUAAAGCGAAAUCCAAAUCUGAUUUUGGCAUUUGAUUUACGGAUAUUUUAUUUUGUCUCCAAAAGUGAUUGUAAUAUCCGUUUGAUUGUCUUUCGAACAACAGUCAAACUAUGCAGCAAAAAUAAGUAACUUUACCAGUACAGUGAAAAAAAAUGACCGUAGGUGCCAAAAAUAAUUAUACUCGAGCUAUAAAACUAGAUCUGACUUUUUUAACUUUGGUUUCUUUAUUUUUGAGGUUUUCUCUAGUCUUCUUAGCAGCAGAAGAAGAUUGCAAGACAUACAAUCAGAAACAAUCCGAAGUGAACGAGUUGACAACCACUUAUGAUGGAGUUCUUAGGCAUGCUCCUCAACAGUAAGAUAAACUGAAUGCCAAAAGACUAAUUCACGGGAUUUGUUCGAUAUUCAGGCUUUUUCUUUACCAAAUUAAUACUAAAUUUGUACUUACAGUCUCUCGCAGAAUCCAUUUCUUGUCCAGCAUUCACCAACAUCUCAACCAUGCACCGCAGAAAAAAAAGACAAACAAAUGCGAAGAGACAUGACAACAUCGUGACGCCACAACUGCCACGCUACAAAAAAACUAGAUUCAUCGUCAUCCGAAAACACUUCUGCGGAAAUUCGGCCGAUUUCGUGCGUGCUCGGGGUAUCUUCGGAUGACGCAGAUGACGUUGCUCAAAGGACUAUCGUCAGCAAGGACUAAACCAGUUUGCGAGAUUCACAUAGCCGACAAGAAGCGCACUGAAAAACUAAGCAAAAUCUCUCUGAGAAGGCAGUCCAAAUUCACCAGAUCAGAACGUCUUUGCAGUAUUAACGUCGUACUCUCGUACUGACUUGAACGACCUGGUAAGCUUAAUUUUCACCAGUCUUUUAUGCUGUUGACCAGGAAACAUUCCGACGCGAUAAAACUUAAGCAUGGAUAAGUUUAUACUGAGAAGAUUUGUUAUCUUAUUGUUUAAGACGCUUUUCCGCGAUCAAAUUUAAAUAUGGACCCAGAAAUGUCAGUAUCGGUUUGAAAUAAAAGGAUUAAUCUUUGAUUGCAAGUUAAGUAUUCUAUUUUAUGCAUGAAAAAUGUUGUUUUGUUGUGCUUUUCAUUUAUAAAUCCAGGCUUCUGUCUUCGGUUUUGCCUGUCGAUCCCAUGACACACAUUGUGACAAACGAGACUUUUUUUUGUUAUAAUCUGCAUUUAUUGCCAGGCAUGAAACCUGUAACUUCAAGCUCCCUAAGAUAUAUUUGGCGAUUAUAUGUGAUUCUAGGGAUAUGAUGCUGAAGCGAACAUCAAAAUCAGUCUCGCUGGGCAUGCCAAUUUCUUGCCUGGCAUGCCGGACAUGCCAAACCAACCGGCUUCACCAUCGGCAUGCCCGGCAUGCCAAACCAGAGGAGCAAAAACUGGGAAUGAAUUAUCAACCCGGCGAGAGAUCUGGGACCUAAGUUUAGCCGGGUCAAUUUUGGGCUGCGAGGGCAUGAACCCUUUUUUUCCAUGCCUAUGAGAUGUUAUUUCUAAGUACCAAUGUUCCCUUGAAUUUUGCCUUUUCCUAAAUAUAUAAAAUUUUCCCUCUCUCAUUAAUCCUCAGACUGGAUGCUAUUUUUGCGCUCGCUAGGCAUGUUCAACUGAAAAUCAUGCCCAUACCCUUAUUCAAAACAAAAUGCUAUCAAAUCUUAGUUUCCAAGCCGUUACAUUGCUCGCUGUACUCAAAAUACCACGCUUAUCAAACGCUUUUUAAGAUUACACAUCAUUAUAAAACCAUUAAAUAAAAAAAUAAAAAAUAAAAAUAAAUUCUUUAUUAUGUUGAAGCGUAACUCUAUUAAUGUUCACUGCAAAUUUGGCGCUCUUCAAAAGUGAGAACCGGCUGGCCGUAUAAGUGAUUUUGGAAAUGUUUUGAACGGUUUCGCUAAAAGCCCACGACUGAUCGUGCUGAACAUUGACUGAGUGCAAUUUGUCUUGAAAAAUUGUGAAAUACUGCAUUCUGUCCGAGGUCUUUAUGAUAAAUAGUACUGUUUCACCUCAGAUGUGAUGUAUAAAAAGUAUGAAAGGUUGGUUUACACACCGCCAGAUUUGUUGGUAAGAUUUUGCAAAGUAAACUUAUCCAAAGCAAAAAAUUCGGCCUGAUUUGUUUUCCAAGAAUUUGUUUUCCGGGCCUAAUCUACUGUGAUCAAGAGCCAUUAUGGCUCUUGAAUGUGAUGGAAGAUGAUUGCUAUUUUUUGGGUGUACAUAUAAGGCUUUUAACUUCACUCUAAAAUCAAUUAACCUUUCCCUCACUCAUGAAAGUGCCCAUAAGUUAAGUGAUUUGUGUAUUAUAAGUUUAUUGUUUGAUUUAAAUUAUAAAUUUAUUAAUGGGAGCUUCGCUUUUAGCCCCGGCUAAAUCUAUAUAUUAUGCAUGUGUAACUUGCGCCUUUAACCUCUUAGUUGUUGUCUCCGGUACCUUGCAAGCUUCAGUACCUUAUUAUUAAGGUAUGAUCUAACAUUUGCGGGUGUCAUUUCUGGCUGACUUAUAAUUUUCUCAACAUUGUCAUAAUCAGUGAUUUCCAGAUCUUUCAAUAAUCUCAUUAAUCCUGUCUUCCUCAUCUAGAGCACAGUCAUCCUCAUCAUAUUCUAGAAGCAAAUCUUGUUGCUCUGGUCGUAAAUAUAUAUUGAGGAUCAAAAUAUAUUUGUUUCUUACCCUCUAAAACAUCUGCUAAUGAUUCUUCAUAGGGACGUGGUUUUGGCACUUGUUUAUUUUGUUUUGGUCGUAUUUCUUCAUCAAAUAGAAUAUCUAAUGCAUAAUCUGAGGUUGAAUAUCUUCAUCACCUCCUGCUUGAAUACCACGUUUUCUUUGCAAUGCUGGUAGUUUCAGAUUACCCAACGCAACAUCGAUCAUCUAAUUUAGUUGUUAUUGGUUUGAACACCUUUUGAAAAGCUUCCUGACUUGUUUUUAAGAUUGCAUGCACAGAAUCGGAUUUUAUCACCUAGUUCUGUUUUUCUCUUAGCAUGUUCUUUCCACUUAAGUAAACUCAUUUUUCUUAUAUAAUUAGGUUACACAAAUUCACAAAUACUGUAUAAAACAAGUAGUUGAACUGGCAGUUGAACUCAAAACUGCGUAAGAUAUAUAUAUAUAUAUAUAUAUAUAUAUAUCUUACGCAGUUUUGAGUUCAUUAUAUAUAUAUAUAUAUAUUAUGGUAAUAUAAUGAAUUAUGAAUUGAAGAUUUCAUCAGCUAUUAAACUACGUUCUUCGAGAGGAAUUUCUUAGAAUGUCUACAAUUAGAUAUCAGUUCGCUUCUGUUGUUCAGGGUUAUUAUCUGUAAACCCGAAAUGUCAACCCUGAACAACAGAAGCGAACUGAUAUCUAAUUGUAGACAUUCUAAGAAAUUCCUCUUGAAGAACGUAUUCGCUUAGCAACCAAUCAUAUUUCUGCAUGUCACGCCACUAUGCAUUGUUCUGUAUUUUCAAAUUUUGUACAUCUUCAUAUGUAUCCGUUAUUUUUGGCAGUUGCCUGAUGAUUGCUCCGCAAGGAGCAUGAAACUCUGAGUAGCAAUAAAUGUCUUCGACCAAAUAAUCCAACUCUGCAAAAAAAAAGGAAAAGAAUAGGCCGGCGGCGCUAAAAAUACAUGUAUAUACCUGCCAACUUUUUCUGAGAUAUAAGCGUGAGAUUUUUAUCCUGGGAGUGCUGGGAUUUUUUAAGACGACACGAUCAUUUCCGAAGAUUCCCGAAGACGUCCGAAGUCUGCCAAAGGCGAGCUCGCUCCCAGUGCUUUUCACUUCAAAAAUCAGAGAUCGCGAGGAAGGUAUUGCCAUUUAUUCAUUUUACACAUGGUUUUCGUUCCUUACAUGGGUCUGAGUUAACAUAUUUUUGGAAAUUGGGUCAAGCAGGACGGCAACAACUCACAUUUUUCAAUCAGGCGUGAGAAAUUGGCCCGCAGGCGUGAGCCGGCGUGAGAUCGAAGUUUUCAACCCCCAGGCGUGAGACCCACGCAGUUGGCAGGUAUACAUGUAUAAGUAUUCAGCAACGUGACACUCAGGGAACGCAUCUCAAAUAAUGCGACUAGAUGUCAACUGAAUAAACAAAGUUUAGAUAUACCAGCGAUAAACCAUAUCAUUUUAGGAAAGUUUACUAUAGUAAACUUUGCUUUCAUUCUACCGCCGUUGCCACCGCAACAGACUAGAUCUGUGUUUACCAUAGUAAAAUGAGAAAAGCCGGUCACAUUAGAAAACGUGUUUACAGUGGUAAACUCGACUUUACUAUAGUAAAAAAAGCCCAAGUGUGACCACAGCCAUUGUCGUUACGUUUGACGGUUGCUUGGUAGAUAACUGAUGAUUGAAGACAGUUUCCGUUAAGAGGGCAUGAGUUUUUUUGUCGGCAGUUACAUGAUUUGUUGUCAACAGAGUUAUCUGUGGAUUUAUCUGUGUGUUUGGAUGCAUUCAGGAUACGCUUGUUGUGGUUGUCUAUAAUUUGUUUAGUGUUAUUCAUGCAACUGUAACUGAUCUUGAUGGUAUUGCGGUUGAAGAUUUUUCUGAGUUUGUUCUCUUUAGGGAAGUGUUUGUCUACUAGGGUGAGGAAUCUGUGACCGAUGUUGGUGUUGACGUUUUUGCUGAAUGGGGGGUUGUACCAGAGGAUGUUGGUGCGUUGUCUGUUUCUCCGUUUAGCAGUUGUAGUCGGUUCGUAGUGUAGAGUGUAGUGGUAUCCGCUUUCGUCGAGUGCUUUUUGGUACGGGGGGGUGGAUGGGUCGAAUGAUGCUUUGUCCGAGGAAAGGGAUGAUAGCCGUGUGUUGAUGCCGGCGGGUAUGUUCUUUGUGGUGAUCGGUGGGUGGUUGCUCUCGCGACGGACGUACUGUAGCGUGGUGUCAGGCUUUGUGAAGGGCCGGUAGGUGCUGUUGUUAAGGUUAAAGGUGACGUCUAGGAAGUUAAUGAUCUGUUUAUUGGCUUCAAUUGUGAUGCGUAGUCCAUUUUGGUUAAAGACUAUGUAUAUAUGUAUAUAUAUAUAUAUAUAUAUAUAUAUACAUUAAGGUUAUUUGAAACUGUUGAAAGGGUUGCUAAGUAACAGAAACAUUAUAUAAGAGGAAUUAGCUGUCGUUAUAAAAAUGUUUUUGUUACCUAGCAACCCUUUCAACAGUUUCAUAUAACCUUAAUGUAACGCAUCUACCAUAGCAACCAUUUAAAUUUUCGCAUUUAACUGCCAGCAUUCCAAUUCCAACAGUUCAGUCGUCAAAAUUGCCUGAUGAGUGUGGUCCUUGCAUCAUACGAAACAGUUCUGUAGCAAUAAAACGAUGAUUACUCGUGAAACCUGAACUUCUGUGAAGUUAUAUAUAUAUAUAUAUAUAUAAUUAAAAUACUCAACUAUGAUGUUAAAGAUAAACAAUCUGACUAUAAACAGAAAGUCUCAUUUAUGCCUGACAGGUGUUUUAGGAUGCUUGUAUGCGGUCCUUCAGGUUCAGGCAAAACUAAUCUUUUUUUGGAUAUGAUCUAUAGAUUGCUGUAUUAUGACAAGAUAUUCUUGUAUGCUAAAACUCUGCAACAGGACUUGAGCAAGUAUCAGCAUUUAAUCGACUUAUUCGGACCUAUUAAUGAAGAAGCUGGUUAUCCUAUUAUUGAAGCUAGCAAUAAUAAAAUAAUUCCGCUGGAUAAGAUGCCAUUUGACAAUCAAAAGUUAGUCAUUUUUGAUGUUUAGCUCAAUACAGGGACAAAGAAUGAUGCUGAGAUCUCAACUACUUUACUAAUUCAAGAAAUAAAAACUGCAGCUGUAUCUAUCUGAGUCAGUCCCCUUAUAACACCGAUAAAACGCUGAAUUCGAUUAAACUGCACACAUCAUUGUAUCUUUGAGUUUCCUUUUAGCAAUGAGCAGAAUAAGAUAUGCAGAGUGUUUGGAAUCAGCAAAUCUCACUAUCAGAGAGCCACACAAGAACCAUAUGAUUUUAUUUAUGUUGAUAAGCCCAAAAAACGUGUUGCGAAGAAUUUUAAUGAAAAGAUAUAAUCUUAUAUACAUACAGUGAAACCUGUAUUAAGCGGACACCCUCGGGGAAUGCUGUAGUGUCCGCUUAAUACAGGUUUCGAUAGAUAACGCCAUAUGAGGUGUCAAAUGCCAUUCAAAUGAACGGUGGAAACGUUUAGAAUACCUUCCAGAGACUAUGAAGAUAUACGAUUGCAUUAAUUUCUUUAUUAAAGUGGGCCAGUUGAUCAUAGUACCAUGAACAAAGAUUGCACUCAAUUUUGAAGAAAUCAGAUGAGUGAUACAAGUUCUAUAUACAAACAAAACGAAAUAGAAAAACAAUACUGUAGUGUGAAACAACAAAUAAGUUCGUCAAGUCACGUUUUUUAAAAAUGUAAAAAUCAAAAAAUUGUGGGUGGCAAUCUUUCGCAUUUCCGGUGUCUGGCAAGUUGGGUGGUGGAAUUUAAUGCCAAGUGUCCGUUUGGCAACAAGAGAAAUGACCAUCUCAGGUACUUUUUAGGUGUCUGCGUCCGCUUAAUAGAGGUGUCCGCUUAAUUAAUAAAGGUUUCAUUUCAAGUAAAUAAGGUAAAUAAAUUUGGGGACUUCGACUACUGUCCGCUUAAUAGAGGGUGUCCGCUUAAUACAGGUUUCACUGUAUACCGUAAACUGCCGCUUAUGGUUAUAGGCCCACCUACAUGCAAACAAAAAAAUACAUCCGAUUAUAAGCCCAUCCGGAUAUAAGCCCCAGUUACAGUUUUGAUUUUGUUUUGUAAUUUAACUGAAUUCGAUUUAUUGCUGCCUUUUUAAGGCUUCAAUUGUAAGAGUAAUAAAUUUAAAUCAUACGUUGAUCAACAGUGCCGUUGCUCAUUUCGAAACGUUUUUUUUUUUCGUCCGCUUAUAAGCCCUUCCGGAUAUAAGCCCCUGGCUUAUACGCGGCAGUUAACGGUAUAUGAGUUAUUCAAAUGGAUUAUUCAACUUUAAAAGUCAAACUUCCGGCCAAGGUGAAAGAGGCAGGCCUGGAGAAGGGUUUAAUCUCACAUCAGAUGGAAACUUAUGACAUGGUAAAUAAAAAACUGAAAAAUGUUGGUGAAGGUACUGCUUCCAGCGAUGCAAUAACGAAACAUCAACUUGAUACAGCAAUGAUUGAUAAACAUGAUAAUAAUCAAAAUAUUGAUCUUGAGAAUACUUACAACGUCAUAAAUAGUAAAAAGAGAACCAAAACACAAUUAGACAGGAACAAACCAUCAAUUGUUAGUUAUGAUGAAGUUAGAGAUAAUUUUUUAUCAAGAAGAGAGGCUCUUGCAAUGGAUUCAUUUAUAAAUAUGGAUGGACAUACAAUUCAGCAUCUGCCACUACCAGUAAUCAGUCAUCAAGUGACCAACAAGCAGUAUGUUGAUAGUGCAUUAUCAGUGCUACUCAGUUUGAAAAUGUUGCAAGACAAGUUCUUUACAAGCUAAUGAAACAGACCUUGAUGAUUAUUUGAAAAAAGAUGGUAGUUCUAAUAUGACUGGAAGUUUACAUCGUAAUAAAAUCAUUAACCUAGCCAAUCCAUCUGAUAAUGCAGAUGCCGCAAAUAAAGCUUAUGUUGAUCCCGGCUUUUUAAAACUGUCGUGGUGGUAAUAUAACAGGUCCAGUAAACAAAGACCCUCAAUCAUUUACUCAUUGCAAGGGCUUGCUAAAUUAUGCAGAAAUGCAAUUUUGGUUUCUUGAGAAAAAUAACCCAUAUGUUGGGAGAAGAUUUAAUAUGGUCAAUCAUAAGAUAAUCAAUCUAGCCGACCCAACAGAUUAUAAAGACGCUGUUAACAAGCAGUUUUUGGAACAAGAGGUCCCAAAAUCGCAUAUUAAACCAAAUCAUUACAACAAUGUAUUUAAAUACUUGAUGGCUAAUAAAUUAGAAUGGACUGAUCUUUUAGUAGAUAGUUUUUUUCAUUUCUAAAAUUGAUAAUUUAUGUCCUCAUUAGGGCAACUAUCAUCAAUAUAAUCAUAAAGAUCUAUUCACAACCAGGAUCAAAAAGGUGGAUACACAUAUGAGAUAGGGAUACAAUGUUUUCCACUUGUCAUAAAUAGAGAUUACGCUCUUUGUAUUGAAAUAUUGAAUUCAGAUCACCAAUUAUGGCAUAAAUCAAUUGCUACAAUUGAUAAAACUAAAUCACAAGGGUUAACAAUUGAUGGUGCCGCGAUACAAAACUUUUCUCAUAGAUAUACAAAUAAUAGUGGGAGUGUUGAAUACAUGUAUUAUAUCAAAAUAAUUGUAAAUUUCAAAAAACUGCACCGGAUCCGCUUUAUAGCGUACAUCGUUAUGUUGAUAUAAAGCAAAAUGGUGAUGAUCUUAAUACGUAUCCAGCAAAUUGGAUAAACAACUGGAUUAUUGCUUAUGGUGUUUUUAGAAAAAAACAUCAUCAAUUGACCCUCCCCCCCCCCCAAAAAAAAAAAAACACAACAACAACAACAAAAAAACAAAAACAAAAACAAAAAAACCCUAUGAUUAUCGUACAGCCUUUGAUAUCAAACCAACAAAAGUUAUUAUUUCCGGCAUUCUUUUGGAUGAAUCAAACGUUAAUAGUGCUGCCACUGUCGAAUAUGUGACGUCACACAGGCAAGCGGAGUGGGUCAAGAAACGUAAGUUGAAAACAACAAUAAGAGUCACCUUCCCCCCACCCUGUUUAAGAUCGAAGAAAAUGGUAAACUACCUUUUCUAGACCGCUUGGUCACUCGCCACAACAACAGACUACGAACGACAUUUUCAUAAAACCGACACAUACCGACCGAUUACUAGACCAGUCAUCGUACAACCCGACCUCUCACAAGGCUACAACUACACGAACUUUGACAAGACAAGCGCAGCUAGUUUGUGAAUCGCCUGACAGCCUACAAGACGAGACUGACUACAUUAAAACAACGAAACGCGCCAAUGACAUCACGAGUCUUUAUAGCCAAUAACAUCACGGCUUAACUAACAGACGACUAGUAACAUCGCGACUUCAUUGACCAAUCAGGUCAAUAACCAGGGUUUAUCACCAUCAACUGAAGUGAUCCAGCUCACUUUGACUCUCAAGAUGACUACUGCACUGGUUGUCGAAACGUCAGUCACUGUCAACAACAAAGGACCUAUUCAGGACUACGUUCACCUGGACGAAAACUAAACAUACUUAUGAAAUGACUCCUGGGUUCAAACCUUUCACAUUUGUGUUUUUAUUCAUUCAAAAUAAUUCCUAGUUUAAAAACAAGCUAAAACAUGCCUACCUUCAACAAUGUUAAAUUCAUCUUCGAUAUUGCAUGUUUAUCGGCAAGUUUAGGAGAUAAAAGGGUUGUUCAAUUCUGCAAAUGUUCUCCAAAUAGCCUAUAGAUAGCCUAUUUCUUUUACGUGAAACGAGUGAAAUGCUACAGCAUCUGGUACUCACUACCAAAACAACUCAACCUGAUCCUUAGGUCUUUUCCUUGAACUGUUCAGUUCUCUGGCAAUUAUGCUGUACAAUUGACAUUAUUAUUCACAUAUCGCAAAAUUCUUCCAAGUAGUCAACGGUAGCUGGUUAUGAAAAAUUAUGCGUGGGAUUUUAGCCAAUAAGAAACAGAGAAAUAUUUUGAACGAAUAAUUGCUGGCGAGCCUUAUGCGAGCCAACAAACGAUCUUCUACAAUGGCGGGAAAAAGCCGAAAUAUGUUGGAUGUAGGAUCAGAAGCAUGCGCAGUCAAUCGGUUUUUUUAUUAUCCGGGGUAUUUACUCUAGUGAGAUGACAUCACGUAAAACUGAACGCACAUGGACGAGAUCGAGAGAUUUCGAGUAAAUUUUGAGAGAGCGAGUUGGUUAUAAACGAGGUGAGCCUUUAGUAAUUACUUUUCUUUACUUUUUAGAUAUCUUUAUUUGCUUGUGGAAGUAUUCCUCAAGGUCUCGAUCCACAGCGUUUUAGUGAUGAAUUCGACGAGGAAGAGAAGAGAUUUAUAUGUGUUUGGCUGCUCUAUUUGCCGAUUUUCGAAUAAAUGGAGGUGCGAAGAUAUCGAUGAAAUUCUCCUUCAUUGAGAUAAUUUUUCUUCUGUGUAUUCAGCAGGCGUGGUGUGCCAGGCAAGAAUUCUUCUGUUCGGAAUAAACUGCUCUUCUUCUAGAGCGAUUUCGGUACCACAUGUAAUUAAUCAAAGAGUAUUCUUCACCCGUUGAGGCGUUAAAUUUGAUCCUUGUGUCAAAAUCCCUGCCCGUUUAAGUAAAUAAUUCAGCUGAUACUGUCCUUGAGUCACAUUUGUUCGUUGAGGUGAAAGAAAAGCUUGAAACCAUAUGGAUUCAAAAAGUGAAUCGCCCUUUGAAACUAACCCCUAGCUAAAGGCUACCGUCGGGUCCAAUAGUUUUUAAUCCUUUAAGUCAAAAGAAAACCCCUCGAGCACCACAUUAAGCUCGUAAAAACCCAUGCGUCGAUAUCUUAAUUGCACCUCCAUUCGCAAAUCGGCAAAAAUUGUUGACAUAAUAGAUCAGCAUAACACUGUCGCCCACGGGAAGCCCAGACGUAGUCGGUGACAUUAACAAUACCUAACUGUACCUAACUCUCAGUAACUGAGAGGAUUGAUCGGAACUGUAGUCGACGAUCUUCCAUUUCAGAGGAGUUCAAAAAAGGAAAUAUUUCAAAUAAAUUUAUCUUUACCAUUAUGUCUUAGUGUAUUUACUUGUCCUGGGUAAUUUACGACUGGAACUGGCAUUUUGGGGAGUUUUGCAUUUGUAGGUACUCAGGUUCCACUACCUACGAGUGCAAAACGCACCAAAAUGCCAAUUAAGCCGGCCAGGACUAACAAGGAGACGUUCAAUUAAAGGUGUGUAAGAUUUGUUUGUAAUAUUCUGACCUCUACGCUAUUUUUUUUUUCGAUAUUACCAUUAAUUUAAAGUAUUUUUUAAAUGUAGAGGCUCGUAUAAGAGCUACUAAGGGUGUCGGAUUCGAAGAGAAACAGAAGAAAUUCCAGUCGUAAAUUACCCAGGACAAGUAAAUACACAAAGACAUAACGGUAAAGAUAUAUUUAUUUGAAAUAUUUCAUUUUUUAACUCCUUUUAAAUCGAGUAUCGCCGACUACGUACAGUUCCGAUCAAUCCUCUCAGUUAGUGAUCUAUAUAGGGUAUUGUUAAUGUACGCCACACUUUACUUAUGGGCUGCCUGUAGUCUGCCUCGGGACUCAUCACUUAAACAGUUCGUGAUCUCGAUGAAAUUAUUUCCAUGGGCAAAUAAAGACAUCUAAAAAAUAGAAACAAGUAAUUACUAAAAACUCAGGCCUCAUUUAGCAUCUGCUUUCACACUGGAAAUUUACUCGAAGGGCUUUUCCCAGGCGGUGUGUGCUCUGGGAUUGCAAUGCAUUGUGGAUGUAGAAUUUUCAAGACGGCGGCGAAGGUCGAGAAAUUUCCCAGUUUAUAUGCUUUAUUUUUCCAUUGAAAUAUUUCUUUUCUGAAAAGGGUUUCCACAAUUCCAUAAAUUUAAACUUAUUUAGACUUUCUCGGCGAUAAAAAAAAUCGAUAUUCCAUCCUCACUACAAUCUAAAACACGGAGCACGAAGAUUCAUCCUCUACGAGCAUGAAAUGUGAACCCGUCGUUUGGAGAGCUAUAAUUUCUAUCGUGGUGCCCAUUGACAACAGAAAGUAGUCUUAAGUGUUUUUACAAAGGUUGUUCUACGCCAAGGUAUGAACGCUCCCUAACAAUCCCCACAUUUUGUAAUAGUUUUUUCAAAUUAAAACCGACAUGUUAUCACAAGAAAAUAUGGCCUCCCAACAGACGUGACAUGUCACUGGAAAUGUCACUCUUGUAAUUACAAGUUAAUUACAAAAUAUUUCAUAUUGGUUAUAUACAACGGCAUGUAACCAGUGGACGAUUGCACAUAACAAAUGUCAGAUUUAUGAAAAAAUAUAUGAAUGAAAAAUGGCCUAUUGUUGUUGUAACCUUUUGAAGUCUGAUUGAUAAUAAAUGAAGUACACCAAUUAAAAUGAGAAUAUGAUGCGUGUGAAGCCUCUGAGAGUACAAUGAAAGCACAUGAAACAACUUCCACUUAGUCGCAGCCAUCAGGCCAAUGGAGCGUUGCUUAUCAGAAACACAAGAGAGGAAGACUCAGGAAACUACAUAUGUGCUGCAACAAGUGCAGCAGUGUCCAUUGUAGAAAACCGCUAAAGUAAAGCAAAACAGGCGGCUCGUGAUGUCGCUUCACUAGCUUUAUAACCACGCUGUAGGUACUGCAAUCUUGCUUCAAUAUGCGCCGUUUAUUCCAUAUUUUUACUCUGUUUGUAGUUUUGUUGUCCAAUUUUGACGUCUGAACCUAGAUUCUGCCGUUUUUCAUUGAAUUUUGCCUCACUAGUUUUGUACUUAUCAGAAAAAGUUGUUGUCAAUGAUUGCCGAUUUAGCUUUCAAUCUUGAGUAAACAACAAGAAACGAUCACUUUUCCAGCAGUCGGUUAUAGACGUUUUCAUUUCGAAUUUUUUGUUUAUAUAUAUACUUGUCACUCACAUCGCCUUCUUAUAUUUGAAGUCAAUUCAAAAUCUUAAGAAAGGUAUGUGUAAUUAGCUCUUUUUAUAAAGCCUUUGUGCAGUUUUCAUCCCGCUUGAUUGAACUAAUCUUUAUAAAGUAAUUAUUCAGCCGAAGAAAAUCUUUGCUGUAUUUUUUUUUGCGUGGCGUUUAAUAUCAAGCUCGUCAAUCUUUUUACCCUUAUUUGACACUCAGAUUAUGAAUUGUCUACCAAGACACAAAAACAUUUCUUUAUUCAAAAAGAGAGCUUACAUGUGAUAAAAUAAAUGUAGUGAGCCAAAAAUCAUGUUGUAAUCAGUGGUGAUGUUUUGUUUUGGUUUGCAAUCGACAGCGCGCUUCAUUAACUGGAACGCUUCCGACUUCAGCACAUAGUUGGAGGCUGAAGUAAAAUUUUCCUGAAACUUUUAAAUCUCAGUAUAGUAGGAAACAAAUAAAAAUGUUAUUCACCGGCAGAGGUGGGUCUGUAUUGGGAGAAAAGUACCAAUCCAGACCUCCCAGCCGGUGAAUAACAUAAUUUAUAUUUAAAUUAUUGUGUAUAUAAUGUAUGUAUAAUGUAUUUAAGCAUUUGGGCGGCAAAAACAUGUUGGUCAAGUGAUGUGUUGGAUAAACGCAUCCCAUUUAGCGUAACACCGAGGGAAAGUUGCGAAGGUAAAACUUAACACAGUUAUACCACAUGUUAAAUUUAGCCGUCGAAAAUGAGUAAUACGACUCAAGUUUUUGUUAUUGUGAAAUGCUAUUCCUCAUUUUUGAAUUAUUUCAGUUCGACGAUUCUCGGUAUUUCCCUGAUAGUAUCUUAAAUAGUUGCUUUGUUGGUGGGAGGUGUCCAAAUUUCUCCGAGCGGCUCUGUUUUCAAACUCGAGGAAGUUGAUGUUACCGAAUUUCAAGUUAAAAAUUAGGCCAUUGAGACUCUGACACUGAAAACCGAUUUUCAAAUUUUUCUCGCUAGUAAGAGGUUUUUGGUAGAAACAAUUUACACCACGUUUCUUAACUAACUAAAAACUACAUAUGGACAAAAAUGAAAGAAUCGAUUUUUCAACUCUUGCUACGAAAUCAAGAUUUUGCUCGAUUUUACCUUCCGUCGCUCUUAAUAAUUGUUGUACUGAGGGAAAUAAACCAAUUAAAAAUGGUUUCCCCACCCAGUGUUCACGUGUGCUAAGGAAAGUAUAACACUCAACGAGCAAUCAACAUUCAUGUGUUACAGUGCAUUGUUACUCUCGGAUAUCAUAGCUAGAUUUUUUGUUUAACAUGCAGGGGCACCCAGCGGGAAAUUUUGAGAAAAAGACCUAAAAACAACAACAAAGCGUGAAUAAAGUUUUCUGAGACUAUUUUAAGCAUUUUGGGAGAUUGCUGGAAAAAAAUUAUCUGUUCCUCACUCCCAGCAAGACUGAUGGAAGAGUUCCCAGCCAGCAACCUUACAACCUGCAACCUGACUUACUGGGAAGUUUCAUAGGGCACAAUUCAGAUCUUGAGUGGUAAGCAAUCCAUACAAGUAACCCGUAGCAGCUAUUCUAGUCUUCAAAUCCCCUCUGACACCCUGAAUUAUCUUUUUCCCAGCAACACUUUCCUUCCAAGGACUAUUAUUCCUUCCACAUCUCCCAGCCAGCAAAAAUUUGCAUGAAGAACAGAUAUUUUGAGGAACAGAUCCAUUGGGUGCCCCUGAACAUGUACAUGUACAUUGAAGAAACCAAUAAGAGCUAAAGUAACAUCAUUCAAACUGUGUGUACUAGAAGGUUAUGACGAGAGUACUUGUUCGUAAGUAACGUCACCUAGUAUUAUAAAAUCUGAUUCGUUUCUAUUACAUUACUUCAUUAGUUCGUUUGGCAAAUGGAGGUGUUUCGUAUGGCCGUGUUGAAGUAUACUACAGUGGAGCCUGGGGCACCGUGUGCGAUGAUCACUGGGAUAUCAAGGACGCAAUUGUUGUUUGUCGUGAGCUGGGUUUCUCUAGAGCAACGUCUGCUCCACACGGUGCAAGAUAUGGUGAAGGUACUGGCAAUAUUUGGAUGGAUGAUGUCAAAUGUAGGGGAGGAGAAGCUUCACUGUUCAACUGUGAACAUAGAAGAGUAACAGGCAAUAGUGGUUGUAGGCACAGUGAGGAUGCAGGUGUCCGUUGUGCGUAAAUCAAAAGCAAGGAUUCUUUUUCACAAAUGCUGAUUGGUAGUUUUUUAAAUCAAGUUUAGGUUUAGGCCUUUUUCUCCUUCUAUCCGAAACUUCACUGGAAACUAUGUGGAAACGCAUAUUCCCGUCAAUUAAAGGAUGUUAUUUGCGCCGACACCUUACAUAUGGACACAAGGUCAGUACGUACUUGAUGGCGCCGACGCUGCUUGCAUCCUUGAACUGACCAGAAAAACUAUUUUCAAACGGUUUUAAUUUCGACAGUGGCAUUGAAGGGAAAUUUUAAUAAGAGAAAAAGCUCCUAUCAAGAACAAACGAAUCCUUCCUCUUAUCUCCCCACCGCCAAAAAUAAAUAAAUGAAUGAAUAAAUAAAUAAAUGAGUUUAAAUACCUGGGUGUCAUCUUUGAUGAACACUUCAGCUGGAGCGAACAUGUUAGCAGUUGUUUCUAAAACUGGUAGGCAGGUCGGUCUGUUAGGACGUGUGCGCCGUUAUGUCACUUCACAUAGUGCCAAUUCCAUUUUCACAUCAACGCAAUGAUUAGACCGACAUUAGAAUACUGUGCUGGGGUCUGGGCGUGUUGUGGGGAAGUAAACAGUGGAAUUCUGGAAGCUCUGCAGAAGCGAGUAGGAAUAAUUUUAAUAAAGACAUCUAGUAGUGUCAAUGCGAUUGAAGCUUUGAAGUGGCCAAGUCUUAGGUCCAAGCGCGAUGAACAUAUUCUAAUACUUGUGAGCAAAUGUGUACAUGGUCGGUGCCGUCAGUAUUUUAAGAACUAUUUCUAUCUUAUUUAGACUCCUUUAUUCAAAAAGUAAUUACUCAGGGUAGUCCAUUCAGGUAGCUUACAAAGCAUCCCUGCUAUCCAGGCUGCCCGCUAUCAAUAGAAGCCCUGAGUUCACUAACUAGACUAUAUAUAAACAUAAUUAAAUUGGACAAUGGCAACAUAACAUAUAAAGUAAAAGCAAGAUCUCCCAAAAUUAUGUACGGUGAAAUCUGUAUUAGGCGGAAACCCUCGGGGAAUGCUGUAGUGUCCGCUUAAUACAGGGUGUCCGCCUAAAACAAGUUUCGAUAUAUAACGUCAUAUGAGGUGUCAAAUGCCAUUCAAAUGAACGGUGGAAACGUUUAGAAUACCUCCCAGAGACUAUGACCAUAUACGUUUGCAUUAAUUUCUUUAUUAAAGUGGACCAGCUGAUCAUAGAACCAUGAACAAAGAUUGCAACUCAAAUUUGAAGAAAUCAGACGAGUGAAACAAGCUCUACACAAACAAAACGAAAUAGAAAAACAAUAGCGUACUGUGAAACUACAAAUCACGUUUUUUUUAAAAAGUAAAAAUCGAAAAAUUUGUGGGUGGCAAUCUUUCGCAUUUCCGGUGUCCGGCAUGUUGGGUGGUGCAAUUUAAUUACAAGGUUGUCAGCAAUAGAAAUGACCAUUUCGUGUACUUUUUAGGCGUCCGCGUCCGCUUAAUAGAGGUGUCCGCUUAAUAAAGGUUUCAUCUAAAGUAAAUAAGGGAAAUAAAUUUGGGAACUUCCACUACUGUCCGCUUAAUGGAGGGUGUCCGCUUAAUACAGGUUUCACUGUACAUUUACCAUAAUUAUUCAAAACCAUAUUUCCAUGGUAAUAAAGAGAUCUCCUUGCCACUUCUGUUCUUAUAGCAGGCAAAUGCUCUGAGAGAUUGCUCUGGAGGGUUGAAUGAUCAUAAAUUUCCUUGUUAAAAUAAAAAUAGCCAAUAAGCAAUGAAGACUGAGCAGUCUAUGAGUUCUGUUUCUUGGCUACCCUCAAAAAAAGAAGUGUGGGAAGUCUGAAACGCUGUAUGUGUAUUUAGCAGGAAAGUAAUGUAAUUGGGGACCCUGUUUUAACGUCUCCUACCGUAGACGGGACCGCCAUUUUUUUACGUGGAAUUUUAGGUGUGAAAAGAACUUAUUUUAUGCGCUUCUCAUCCUCCCCCCACCCCAACCACCAUGAAGGAAGUUUUAACAGAAAGCAAAUUUCAUUAAGAAUAGUGUUAGCCCAAGGGCAAUGAUGUUAUUUCAGCCGAGGCAGACGGCGAAUAGUUGUUAAUGAUAUCCCGUGCAGUAUUCCUGCUGGCAAACCAAAUUAAGGUGAAAUAUUUUUCUUAACACCCAUGAACAAACUCGGUAAUUGAAUGCAUUGAAAAAUCCUUCAUCAAAUUCUUUAAGUGUAAUUGUCAGAAUUAAAGAUUGUAAUCAACUUUUAAAGGAUUUUUUGAUGGGCAUCUAUGGUGUACUGAAUGUGUGAAUGUAUGUGAUUUGGGGAGGGGGGGGGGGGGGGGGGGUUGAAAAAGUGUUAUAAUUUUAAGAGUUGUUUCACUGAUUUCUGACUUUUAUCCGUGAGCUUAACCCUACUCAGACCGUGCUUUUGUUUUUGCUUCCUGCGACCGGAGGAACCUCAGAGGCCCCCUCCCACUAGAACUUCGAAAACCGCUCAUCCUACGGCCACCAAAACUACACACGAUAAAGUUACAGUCUAACCUCUCUUUACGGACACCUCCAUAAUACCGACUGAUCUCUCUAUUACGGACAGUUGGUUUGGUCCCAGAAAUGCCAAAGAUCAUAGAUUGCCUACCUCUAUAAUACGGACACCUCUGUAAAGCGGUCAAUUGGUUCUGUCCCUUUGGUGUUUGUAUUAAAGAGCUUUAACUGUAUCAUCAUUUCCAACGUCUGGACAUAACUUGAUUGACACAAUGACAUAAUUUGACAUCAUCAUGACGUCAUAUCAUUGAAUUUAUAAAGCGAACUUAAAUAGCAAGGUUUCUGAUAAACUCAAGGAAGUUGGCUAACAGAUAAGUGAUCUUCAAUAGCAGUGAUGUCAUGAUGACGUCAUUUUAUUACUAAAAAAGGAACUGGAAACUUCCGCCAUCUUGAGUUAUUUAAAUAUGACUGGAUUUUUGAAAACCGGGGUAGCAAAGAAAAAAACAUCAACUUGUUCUACUACUUGUCAAUUUAAAACAAUAAAAAAUCAUUCAAAGUGCCAAUUAAAAGCCUUUAUCUGACGCCAGGCAUUAAGUUUAUGGUCCCUAUGGGCAUAUCAAUGAGUCCAAAUCAUCGCGCAGAAUUGGCCACUCCAGAAAAUACCAUAACAUACCAUAAUGCUUUUUGAUUGUCACCCCAAAGUUUUGCACAGGCAUUGUCUUCAGUUUCUCUUGGGAGUUAAAAUGGCCCCAAGAGAAACUGAAAACAAUGCUUAUGCAAAAUUUUGGGGUGUCAAACAAAGAACAUUAUGGUAUGUUAUGGUAUUUCUGGAGUGGUCAAUGGAGGGACAUCAUAAAAGGCGAGGCGGCAAAUUUGAAUGUUAUUUAGCUAAGAAAAGCUCACAAUAAGAGAAGAAAGGGCUAAAAUUGGCCAGGUAGCGCUGAUAAAACUUGCUUUCCUGCUUUCCAAGAGCCAAAUUCUAAAAACCUACGCGCGGCUUUUUGAACAAUCUUGUACCUGCAAUGUGAGACUAAAACAAAGAAGAUUGAACAAGGGUAAGCAUUAUCCCUUUGACCUUGAAAAUAAAGUACAAAGUCCUCUUUAGUAUGGAGUCCAUUUUCGAAAGAGAUUUUCUGAAAAUUUACAGAGCUAUCAAGAAACCUACACGCGGCAAAUUAAAGAUGGGCCUUUUCUCGAACAGAGUCCGUUUUAAUUUUGAAAAUCGGUUGAGUAGACAACUAUCCAUUUCACUUUGAAAACUUCUGGUAAGAGUUGUGUUUGAAAAUGGCGAGUCUGGAGCAAGCAAGCUAUUGUCCUCGCACGUGCACGGGCUGAGAUAAAUGGAAACUUCAUCUUUCCUUUUGUUUUUACUUUUGAACAAACACAAUUCCCGCAAAAUAAAGCAAUAUUAUUAACGUUCACCUUGAAAUAUGCGCAUAUGCGCGAAUUUGCGAAACAAAAGAGCUGAGGGAAGAAAACAAUAGCGUGCCACUUGCAUUGUUUAGUUUGUCACCGUCAUCAUAUCAAGGAGCAUCGUCGUGCAUUCUUGGCAGCCAAUGGUUGAAGCGCUUUCAAAGCGUCUAACCAUGAUUGCGCAUGAUGUGACAGAUCUACGAACUUUAGUGAAGUGGGAGUAAAUGUCCCGAGAACAAUAGACAUUCUGCACAAUUGUAAUUUUUUGUGCUUAACGUAUAAACAAAUAAGCACUUUGCAUCAUUUCAUUCACCAACUUUACUUUUAUUGUUGAAAGAAGUUGAAAAACGUGCAUUUUCACUCAAAAAUAGCCUGUUUACAGACCCUCUAUUUUCUCUUCAAAGUCCGUCUAGCGCGGGUGAUAAAAUAUAAACCGCAGGGGAUUUAUUGACCGCCAGCGCAAGGGGGUAGUGGUGGGGGAAGAAGAAAAUAGACGGUCUGUAGACAUCUUUGGGAGCAACUGAAACUUGCUUUUCGCAGGAAAAGCAAAUUACCAUUGGCUGAACAGUGAUUAUCCUGUCAUCACUUAAUAUGUCAGCGACUCAUCACGCUCGUGUCACGCGAGUAGAAGCGUUUGUCAUUGCCUGGACGCGUUAAACGCGACACUUACUGUCGUAAUUUGCAUAAAAAAAAUAACAUCGAUUGAAAGAGCCGCCGACUUCUGAACUUGGGAUGGAGUCAUACCAUAAGCUUGUGUUGAGCAUGUUGACCAUAAUUACCUUUUGUAUCGGAGUGUAGUCUAUGACGACUGUUUGGAACAAUUUUCAAGCAAAUACGUGCUCAAAGAAGAGCAGCGCCAGGCUGUUUUGGGUUUACUGGAGCAAAAGGAUGUUGUGGGGGUCCGGGGUGGAUACUCCUGAGAUUUCUUGGCGGAGGUGUGCCGCCCGGUUCUCCAAAUCCUGACCCUAUUUCAGACCAAAAAAUGUCAUUUUCUACACCCGUUUUCAGACCUGGCCUGUAGGCAGAAAUUAUGUCACCAUUACUUAGAUUAGAGCGCAAACAGAAAAAUUAUUCAAAUCCAUUGAGAAAUCGCAUAUUUCUCUUUCUUACUUACUCAUUUGGAAGUGAAACGAUAAAUACGUUGAUACACUCCCGUAGUUCCCUCGAAAACCAAACCCGAUUCCAGACCAAAAAUGGGCAAAAUCUACACCCGUUUUCAGACCAAAAAGGCGCAAAAACCCUACCCGACGGGGUGGCACAUCCCUAUGUAGCUUAAUAUAUAAGGAAGUACCUCCCUUGGGUGUGGCAGUUCUUCCAAGGGGUUUUGCGAAAAGUAUAACUAGCAGUUGUUCGCCGCAGUGAAACUCAAACGAAGAGAAAAGAACGUGGAAUUAUAGUUGCGUCACUAUUACGAAGUAUUAUCAACUAUCAAGGUGAAGCAAUGAGAGAAGCUGGCAUUUCAGUCAUUGCAUUACCUUGCCGCGGAACCAUGAGGAGAUGCGAACAUUCUGUUUUUUAAAAACCGAAAGCUAUCAUCGUCGUGCUCGCUUUCUUGAAAGCUGGCUUUAAAAAACCGAAAUCCAGCUCGGGUGCUUCUGACCCGAUUACUGCAAGGCGAACAAACCCUACUUAACUAACAUUCUGUUUGCGAAACGGUAAAACCAAGAUCUCUUAAAUCGUCCGCCACACUUCGUUUUGUAUCACCUUGACGAAUACUCUCAAAAAAGAAAUUAUCUGUAGCUUUACGGGAACGGGAUGAUUGCCCAAUACUAUUCACCUAUACAAAGCAUCCACAUAUCCUACAAUAUUAAAGUUACAUUAUCGCAAAAACUUCUUGCUGACAAUGAAGAAAUGAUUUUUUUGUGCGAAAACAACCUGCCCAAGGAUCUUAAAAGCAAAAGAUCAGUUGCAGUGAGCUUCGUAGCUAAACCAUGAUUCACCAUGUAGCUAUUUUCCUCGCUUUAAUAACUCAUUGAAUAACUGGUCCAAGUGAGGGUCUACUAAGCCAAUCGUUAGAAAAUACAGAAAACUGCACAUAACGGUUUUUGUUUUGCUCGCCCCAGACAAAUCAAAUUCCAGCCGUUGUUACGGGCGGAGUCAAUUGUUUUGAAAUCACUGCCGGCAGCACAGGCCGCCCAGACGUAGUACGUGUCAAAUGAAGUCUCAAAUGAAUGUAUUAGUAGUAUAGGGCGCACCGGUUACUCCGGUUUUUUGGGGUGGAUUCUCAUUAAGGUGGGGAGGAAUAAAUUAACGUCGCUGACCUCAUAGGCUAUUGUAUUGAUCUCAUGAAUAAAAUGUGGUGGAUUUAAUUAAGUAUACUGGUUUGACCGGUUGGUCAGGUUCCAGUUUUAGCCUGGUUGAUAUAACUGGUUUAUUUUUGUUUUAUGACAUAGCCUAUUGUCUUGAACUCAUGAAUAAAAUGCGGUGGAAUAAAUUAGCGUCUAUGUCGUAAUAACCUAUUGUCUUGAUCUCAUGAAUAAAAUGCGCAGGAAUCUCAUUAAGAUAAGGUCGUGUGUUAUUUUUAUUUGGUUUAGGUUUUCUAGUUACUUUAAUGUCGAUAGACGUCUUCCUUUUCGAUUGGUUAGUUAGAAAAUAAGAAACGUUUUCAUUGGUUAAUUCAUAGUGUCUGAGGAGUAAAGUCAAACUUGUCUGUGACUUAAAAUCACUGAGACGUAACGUAAUUAUGCACUUCCUAUUUCCUGUUGCUGUGAUUGUCCUUGUUCCGGUUCACUGAUUUUUGGCGGGCAAAUCGUGUAUAUUAAAGAGGGCAAAGGCAAACUAGCUCUUUUUUUACACUGCAAGCAAUGCUUUACUUACCCCUCUCCUUUUCAUUUUUUAUUUUCCUCCUCCUCCACAAUUUCAUUAUUUUCCUUCCUCAAUUUUUUUAUUCCCAUUUUUCCAUCCUCCUCCUCCUCCUCAUUUCUAUUGUUUUCCCUCCACCACCGCCACAUUCCUAUUGUUUUCCCUCCACCACCACCACCGCCACCACAUUUCUAUUGUUUUCCCUCCACCACCACCACCACCGCCACAUUUCCAUUGUUUUCCCUCCACCACCACCACCACCGCCACCACAUUUCUAUUGUUUUCCCUCCACCACCACCACCACCACCGCCACCACAUUUCUAUUGUUUUCCCUCCACCACCACCACCACCACCGCCACCACAUUUCUAUUGUUUUCCCUCCACCACCACCACCACCGCCACCACAUUUCUAUUGUUUUCCCUCCACCACCACCACCACCACCACCACAUUUCUAUUGUUUUCCCUCCACCACCACCACCACCGACACCACAUUUCUAUUGUUUUCCCUCCGGCACCACCACAUUUUUAUUGUUUUCCCUCCACCACCACGAGUUGGCGGCGGCCGUUUUUGGUAAACGAUUACAAGAGCAUCAGGACAUGAGUUUCGUGACCAAACUAAACUCCUGGCGAAGGAAACAUUAUAAAAUUCGGCUAGAUUCCUUCUUGUAUUUAUCUGGAUUCACGGCAAAGAUAAACACGACCGUUUGCUCGUCCAGAUUGUUCUCAAGGGACUUAGAGAGGCACCUUAGUACGAGUUAGAUCCUGUAAAUGCCAUGUUUUUGAACUGUUUGUGUUCGAGCAUAUUUUUGGCAAAUAGCAGAGUUUACUUUCCCUUUUUAUCAACGGACUGCUUAUAGUGGAGUGGUAUACCAAUGAUGCUUGGUUCUGUUUUUCUCGACGUCGCAGUGAUUCGGCAUGAUCGAACAAUUUUGCGCGAUAAUGCAUGCUUCCCUAAGAUCAAAACAAAGACUUGAUGUCUCUUGUUCUAUCAGCAUCUAAAUUAUAACAUCACUAGCGACAGACAAGGCUAAUUGUUAAUGAUUUGAAACAGUCUCGGUCUUUAUCUUCGGUCUAGCGUCUUUUGUAGCUCGUUUGUAAGAUACAACUUCGAUUUAUUUUGUUGAAUAAGACAAUAUGCUGUUGUUGAAUUUUUGUUUGCGCACUAUUUUAUGAAUGGCAUGCGUUUUUACCCCAAAACUACAACCUGAAUACACGAAAGAGCACAUCAAGAAGGAUUCUAACAGGUAUUUUGUCAAAAAACUCUGAACUUAAGCCAAAUUUAAGCUUUAAGCGUUCGAGAUAGUGCAGGAGUUCUCGAUCGAUACGAUCCAGGAUAAACAUGUCAAAAAUCCAAGAUUGCUAACGUAAUUCGUCACCCAUUAUAUUAAUAGGUAAUCAAAUGGUAUACUCGUGAAAUUAGGGAAUAAUUUGACUUGCGUUUUGUCCAAAUCUUAAUAAUUUCCCUCACCUAAUGGCUCGGGAAAUUUUAAGGAUUUGGACAAAACGCGCGUGAAAUUAUUCCCUAAUUUCACUCGUCACCAUUUGAUUGUACAUACUAAUCUUUGUGUAAAAGCAAAAGCGGACACGCAAAAGCCCAAUUCAAGGCCGGGGCGCGACAUUCAUCAUGACAGAAAUGGCCAUUUUCACUAGACGGAUUAUUUGUGUGAGACGAGUUAUCCGUUUGAUGAUUCGCGACAGAUAGGUAAUACUUGUUAAUUUGAAAAUGGAAUAGUUUUAAAUUUGAAUGAACAAUCCGCGUGACUUUAUCCGUCAAUUUCGACGGACAGUUUGAAGACGGGAUUAUCCGUUCCAGAUAGCCUGUGUACAGCCGCCCCCUCCCCUCAGAAAAAAUCAGAGAAGGGGUGUGUGGGGGGAGGGCGCGACUGUACACAGGCUAGUCUCAGACGGAUAAUCCAUUUCCAGCUCUAGUGUGAAAACGGCCAAUGACCAAAUUCCCGUGUCCAGGGUUUUUAUGAUAGCGAAGGACUGUACGGAACGACUGUCUGCCGUUGUCUUGUCCGUAGGCCUCAUUAUUCCGCACGGCUAAUGCGUUUCGGGUCACGUGGUCCUAGCGAGUUCGCGACGGAAAUGCCUUGACCGAGAUUGCGUUGGAAGACGCCGUACAGGGACUAGGCAUGGCAAUGAAAUGUUGUUUAUCGGCAACGUGUUUUACAAACAGUGACAUCUCUGCGUGUUGUUUCACUAGUGUUUCGAGGGCACGACCACCUGAAAAUCGCAAACAUUAAUCCCCAGCAAGAAGCCACACUUUUGCUAUGGAAAAAAAUAGUUCCCCGAGAGAGUGGCGGAAAUGGAGCCUAGGUCUUGGUCGACACCUAAAAGGCGCUUCGCUUAACGUGCGUACGGAGUCACACUAGCCGGGAAAUAAAAGACACAACCAUAAGUGAGUUUAGUAUCUCCGUUAAAAAUAGCAAAUCUAGGGAAAAGUUUCUUUUACGGUUAACUCUUUUUCACUCUAUUAACGGCUAACGGCUACAAUUUUUCAAUUUUUACGGCUAUCGACUAAAUUUUUGGCCGUUUUACGCCUAUCGGUUAACCCCAUUGAGACCUUCACUUAUGUCCAGGAUUGAUCUUUGCUUCGUAAUUUACAAAAUAAACCAUUUUUCGGGAUGACCUUGUGAAAACUGCAAAACUUUAUUUUUUUCUAUUUUCACAACUUGUUCCCUUUGUUAUGUAAAUAACAGCACGUCUUCAAAGCGGCGCUGCGGAUUUUAACCUAGAAAAAAAUGUCGUAAAUUGUGUUCAAAAGCAUUUUGUUGCUAGUGUUCCUGUUCGCUUUUUUUUUCACUGCCGCUCAUUUUCACCUUUCUGGCUACUAGCAUUUCUCAUUUUCUGACCGCCGGUAUAAGAUUACCGUUCUUAUGUGUGAGCAGAAGCCCCAUCCGGUAUGGUUUUGAGUCAGUAAUACUUUCAUUCGUUCUCGCGGAUACCCACCUAUUUAAACGUAGUUAAAAAUGGUAAACUGAAAAAAAACCUGUAAGGUUACAGUUAACUCCUACUAUAUAAUUACUUUGCAAAUUAAACACAAUUUUGUUCAAAAUAUGUUUUAAACUUGCGCUUGUAAAUCAUUAAAUAUUAACGCCCUAUUAAAGUUUAAUUGUUCAUAAAGACGUCAAGAUAUUUAUAGCUAAUGCUAUCUCGGAUGUAUUAAGAUCUUACUGAUAAACCAAGCCUGACAGGGAGGGCUUUUCCCUAGUUUCACGGUCUUCAAUAUGGCAGCAGGUCGUUGCUUCGCCGUGUUACCACUUUUGCUGGUUUGUGAUGUUUGGGGAAAUUGGCUGAACUAUAUCGCAGCUGCACAAAAAGGUAAGAAUAAAGUAUAUUAACUGAAAUGUAAGCAUACACAAAUGUCUUGUUGGAUCCAGAAGGGCUUUUUUUUCAAUUAAGCUUUUCAGUUACUUACAGUUAGAGUGCUAGAGACCAAGUCGAUAAUUACAAUUUGUAGUCUACGCCGCCCGAGAGCACGAGCUCGAUACAUCAGCAACUUGUGCAGUUGUAUGUUACCAGUGCUAAUUUGCCAACUCUUUUGUAGAAUUGAUUGCAAAAGCCUUGCUUCAGAUCUUUCGUUAGACCGCUUGCGAUCGCGCGGGCGUUCUGGACCAUUGUGUGCAACUAUAGGCUGUUUUGCAAUCUAACUCGUUGGUAAACUUAAGGGGCUGCCAAAGCACUGACUUCUGCUCAGUGCACACCUUCACAGCAUGCAUGGGAUAAGCUUGUCCUUUCGGUCUGUAUUCUAAAGUGCCGCACUCAGUUUGAUGAUCAGAAGGACGUCCUCGGCCCGCUAAAGAGACUGCUCUUUGGCAUAGCGCCUUGCAAAUGCGUUUUCAUGUAAACACAGUUGCCUAGCGCCUAUAUUAAGUUUCAAACCAAGAGCCUUAUUUUUUUCCUCGUUAGAUCAAUGCACGCGAAAGCGAGCGACACAUAUUUAUAAUGCAAGGUUCAUCAAUUAGAUGGACUAAAUAGCAAUAAAGACACUACAUUACAAUAAAAUAGAAAAAACUAACGUAAAACAAAGUAAGUAAAUAACGAAUAAUAAUAUAAUAAUAUUAUUAAUGUAAGACGAGGAACUUCAACAUAAUCAUCUUCUGACUCCAAGAAAUUUAACUCUAUCUUUUUACGAAAAGACGAUCGCUUAAACGUUUUACUUGAGAGAAUCGAUUCUCGUGAAAAGGCACUGAGACAUUUUAUCGGUCCUAGAGAACUUAAUGAUAAAGGAUUAUACUUGUUUUAGUAAUUCAUUGAGUACCCUAACUGGUGCUGACUGUCUGUUGAUAUCAUAGAAAUUUUUAGACCAUAAAAAUAAACAUCAAUAAUUAGUCAAACAGCCACUGGGUGGCCCUUUUCAUAAGGUCUCCAAAUAUCUAAUCCUUGUUUCUUCCUGUCACCUGUUUUCAAGUCCCUCGCUUUAGGGUCUACUAAUAAACACUAAUAAAUAAACUUUCUAAUAGACUUACUAAUCCAUCAACGAUCCGCUAAUACAGUCCAGUGACUUCACUACUCCUUUGCUUUUAUUCAUGCAUAAAGUAAAUCGCAAUUUCCAACUGGAAAACAAAGAAUCAUCGCCUGAAAAGGCCAACAUAAUGCAGAAUUGUGUUUCUCUUAACAGUGUGUUAAGUCGUAAUGUCUAAACGUUAAAACUGUUAACAGCAUUGUAGUAUUCUGAACGAAACGUUUGCUUGUAUAACACACCAUAGUUCGACUAAUCAAACUCGAUGGCGGCUACGCAAGAAUAAUACACACUCGAUAGUUUGCUCUGAAUUUUUUAGCCUUUCGCGAGUUUUAGAAAUUUCUAGGCCAUAAAAACUGACAAUAAUUAGUUAAGAAGUCGUUGGGUUUCUCUAAUCAUUGUGUUACACAUGCAUUUAAACUAGGUAUCAAAAUACAUUAUUCUUGUCUCUGCCUACCACCUGCCUUUAACUCCCUCCCUUUAGGGUCUUAUAACGUAAACAGGAAGUCGCUUUCUACGUUUGCAUGAUAAAAUCAUGAAUAAAUAAAGCGAUUUCUCUAGCAUGUCAUAUCGGGAAUGCGUCAAAAUGAGAUCAGUAAUUAUUAACCUCCUAGGUAACUUAUUUGAAAAAAAAAUGCGUUUUAAACAAAAUGAUAUUUUUUUGUUAGAAUUUUUUCAAGUCUACUGGAUUUCUUUUGCACACUCGCUCAUCACGAAAUUGACAACUUCGUAUGUGACGCCAUGAGACAUGAAUGCGGGAACUAAAAAACUGGAUUUAUCCAUGUGUAUCCCUUUCUUAGGGUCGCUAGUGUUGUUGCAUCUAACUGCAACGCAUCUUACUGGUGUGUUUUGACUUUUUUGUAAAACAGCUGUUUCAGUUAGUGAAUUGCAAGAAAUAUUUCUAGAACUCCUCAUUUGUCUACUUGUAUCUUUAGUAAAGUGUUCCUCAAUUUAUGUCAGAGUUUUUUAAUCUACGUCACAGCUCCCGUGUUUCCGAGAGACUUCCAGAAAAGACUAAGACGAAUAGAUUGCUGUAACGCCUUCUCGGCUUUAGUUUUUGUGACGCAUCACAUGAUCUUUUAGAUACGGGAUAUUUGUAUUCACACGUGGACACACUGAACUUGUGACUAGAACUUUCACUUGAACGUUCGAUAGAACUUUCGGAAGAACACGCUUGUGUUGUGUGUAGGAACCUGACAGUCUUUGACGGUCAAUAUGGUUUAGGUCUCAAUCGAACUACCGUAAACAUAACCUCUAGUUCGUGUUUGUUAAGUUUUUCGACAACCGUGCAACAAACAUACGGACCAGCCUGCAGACUUUGUUAAGUUGUGGUUGCUUCACUACAGUUUCCUGGCUUCCCUUUAUUACCCAGUAAAGGCGGCCGCUACAGGUGCCAUUGUGUUAAUCACAAUUUUUUUUUCUCAGUGGCUCUCGUAGUAAUGUGUUCUUUCAAUUAAAACAAGAAAAAAAAUUAGGUUAUGGGCACUUUAACUUGAAGCGCCUUUGAACGUUCAGCUGGUGCAUCUUUAAGCAAACAUGGAAUAUAACCACCUGACUCAAAGUGGUGAACAUACAUAAUGAGAGUUGCUCUCUUUAAGGAAUAAGUACUGUGCAUGAACAACAAAGUUUUCAUAGCACUUAUACAUUUGUAAUUCUGUGUCUUUUUACUUGCAUGUUCUUUCGAAACGAUAAACUCUGUUUUCAUACUUUUCAUGAUCAGGCAAGCCAAGUCAUUUUCCCCUGCUACUAAAAAUAGCAUGGUACUGGAACUUUCCCCUAGGGUGGCGAGGAACCUGUCUAACCCCGCCGUAAGACACAACGAAGACCGUAAAUCCUGAAGCAUAUUUGGUUCCGGCAGAAGGUGUGUGGCCUCGAGGUCGGCAUUCCGAGCGCGAAGUUCUUCUAUUUCCUGUCGCAUUUGUCCUAGCCGAUGGGACUGCUGAGGACGACAUUUUCCUCUUUUUCUCGGUCUAACAACUCCUUCAAUGCAGUAAAUUUCCCGAUUCUGCUCCGCUCGGAGACUGGGCAUUGAUGAACGAUCCACUCGUCUUGGGAGAAGACGAAAAACCAUACUCCGAGUACUGUAAGCUCUUGCUCUCAUGAAUUAGUGCGUAGUCCACCUGCUUACGAGGACGUAGACAGUGCGUAGAUUGAGACAUUGUGUACCGAGAAAGAACGAAUGUCUAAGUUAACUGUAAUGAACGAAAAUGUAAGCUAACACUCGCUGCAACUGGUUAAACAAAUGAUCAAUUCCACUGUAACAACCCUAUAUAAACAGGUAUCUUGUAAUGAUUAAUCUAGAAAUUAUCAACCUACAAGAAACUUUACAUGAAGUGGGCGUCGAAUCAAAUAUUUUAAGCGAAGUUCAAAAUUGACUGUUGUUUGUUGACCCUAGCUUGUUCCAUAAACGGUGGGCGCAGAUGACGCCUGAAACUCUCUCGUAGAAACUACUUCUGCAGUUUUUAUCCGUUUGAGCUUAAAGUUUGCUGGAUAAAAGAUCUUUGUAUUAUACAUAGUCGUAUGGUUUUUGUUUUUUCAACUUAAACGGAUUUUGGUGGGAAAAUGACGUCGUAGGAUUGAAGUAGGAUGCUGGAUAUCGGACAUCGGAAUUAGGGCAGCUCGGAUCAGAGCAUCUAACCAAGCAAGUCAGUAUAGAAAAUUUGCUUAAUUACUCGGACAAUGUACUUGGGUAUGCCCAUAUAUAUCCGGAGAAUACUCCAUAAGCUUUCUGUGUGUGCGCUAUCGAACGCUUUCGGGAAAUCGAUAAAAUUGAAGUACAAUCCAUGCUGCCAUUCAAACGACACUGCUCGAUGUAGUUCCUUAAGGUAUAGAUAAGCUCCUUGCAGCCCCAAGCUUUCUAAAAUCAGCAUGUUCUUCGCAGUACUCCAUCCCCAGUCAGAGAGAGAUAAUUCGCUGUGACUUUAGCAAAGAUUUUACUUUACUUAGCAGGUGGUUUGAUGCUAACAUCAAGGUGACAGUUGGUCCUCUGAAACCUUUUUUUCAGGUUUUCCUAAAAGUGUCCUGCCCAGCACUCUUCCUGGUCCUUCUUAGUUGAACGUAAUGCACCUGACCUCCACAAAUGCUUUGUGAUCCUGUAGACUAUUCCUUGUUUCUUUCUGGUGCUGGAUAGCGGCCUCUACCUCUCUUGCAAGACUCCCAAGAUAUCUCCUCUUUUCCGUUCUAGCUGAACGUUGAACUUUGGCUUUGAGAAUAACAUCGCAUUGAGCAUGUAAUUUCUCUUUUAGGCGAGUAGAUUUGAUUCCCAUAAGCUUUCCCUUUGCUCUUUUCGUUUCUGCAGAACAUAUUCUUUGUGACAUUUCCCAUUAAGGGAAAGGCGAUACUGUGGAGGUUCUCGACGAUUCUGCAGUGCCAUUCUGAUUAUACCGAGUCGGUAUCAGCUAUUUCGAUGUUUUCUUUAAGAGUCUAUUACUUAUUACAUCCUAACAAGACAAGGCCAUUUGCUUCCUAUUUCUUUGCAGAUGGUUGUCGUCGCCUCAAGUUCCUUCCACCGGACGAUGGCCAUUAUUUGGCAUAUCACGUGUUUUUAAAUCUUACUAUUGGAAUAUACACGUCUUGUCAUCACAGAUGUGUUAUGGAGAGUAGAUGCGUGUCAGUAAACAUUGGUCCGCCUGUAAACGACAAAGUUGUGUGUGAGCUUAGUGAUUCGGAUCACAUACAGAGCCCACAACAUCUUAAAGCAAGACGCGGCUGGAGCUACAGAGGCACCACUGAGGUACCAAUGACAAAUAGGUCUAAAACAUACGUAAGUGUAGAUAAACCAAAGACAGGUGAAUGAAUAUCUCACUAAUUCUCGAUAAAAUAAUAAAGCUUUUUAAGUAGGGGCGCCGGAUGAUCACGAUGAUGAGUUCCUGCUGCUGCUGCUGCUGCUGAUGAUGAUGAUGACGAUAUCGAUUAGGAAAAUGAAUGAUGCUGAUACUCAUUCUGAUAACAAGUUUGAUGUUUAUAAAAAUGUAUGUAUUCGCUUCCAUAAAUCAACAAUUCCAGAAAAAUCCCAAAUGUUUCAUCCUCACUGGAAAAAAACUCGAAUUUUGAUGAAAUUAUCGAGAGAUUCGAGAAAUCUAAAUAAUAACUUUUCUAUCUCAUAUGUUCUCAGCGCGGUAAAUAAGUUUUAAUGUGAUUUUAAAAAAUAAAAUAUAUAUUCUCCAUUAGAACCUUUGCGUCAGUAAUCCUUGUCUUAACAAUGGUACGUGCCUCACGGGAUAUACGAGCAAGAAAUACCUCUGUGUUUGCACCUUAGGCUUCAAAGGAGAAAACUGCGAGCAGGCUCCAGGUAAAAUAGUAUAUAUAGAGGAUAUUACAUGACCGCGCGGAUAAACUGAAAUCUUCAUGCGGGCUAUUACGGGCGGAUCUUUUAGAAAGUGUUAUGAAAACGAUGUCUAAGGGAAGAUAUAAGUCAAAAAUAUUUUAAUGGUUCUAUUUGCAUAACAUAAUUUUGUACACCUUUGUAUUCUUUGCUCACUCUCACGCCAUCGAUAGUUUCUUAGUUUGAAUUUUUGUGACGUCAUGUGAAAACCCCUAAUAGGGCGCUAAAGCAACGACGACGGUGACGUCAACGAGAGCGGCUUAAAAGCAAUAGGUUUAGAUUGGCAAAACAAUAACUUUACACGUGCACCGGGCUUUUUUGUACAUUUCUUGGCCGUCCCUGCACGACGACGACACGUGAAAAUGCCUAUUUUCAUGUUUUGUGGAGGACGUGAACACAAGACAACGACUUUCUUUUUCUGUUUAUGAACUUCGAUAAAGUCUUUUAGAAUUCAACUCCAGAAAAAAAUUGCCAAAAUUUGACGAAUUGAAUGAGAUAGAAUAAGCGCGAUAAAGUUGAAGCAGCGCGACUUCACUUUUUAAGUGACGUUUUCGUAGCUGUCGCCGUCGUUGUCACAUAAGCUCCCUAAUAUCUCUUUUGCAAAUACAUCUCAGACGUUCCCGCCUCUUCGGCUGUCAACGCUGGCACCGGGCCAUCAACUGGGCUAUCUACACCGAAAUCUUCACCUGCCACUCCAUUUGUCGUCGGAUCGCUAACUUCGACAGAAGCGCUAAACACCUCGGCAAUGACGAUCGAUCCUGAUCUGUUCACUGCCUCGCUAUCUUCUGCACUACCCGGAGCGAUAAAGACUGCAAUAUCCACCGAUGUUCUCCCGCCGCCUACUCCGGCUACUAACGCGCCAGCGCCAGCAACGGCUGUAACAACUCCCACGGUCAUCUCAGCGUCCGUGCAAGGAUCGGGUAAUCACCCACACCUUGACGGCACGCAAGCUAUUGAAAUUUUAAAAAGACCCAGGCCAAUCCCAGUGAUAACUGUCCUUUUCUGGAUUCGCUAUUGAUUUAAAUCUUAAUGCUAAAAUAAGAUAAGUAAAAGCAGAAAAUAUGGGCACAUAAAUAUGUGGAUUUUGGAGCAUUAGUGUCCCCUAGCCCCACUUUUGACAAAUAUUAAAGAAGAAGGAGAAUUCAAACACCAGAAAGCUCAGAAAAAUUUUCUGAGCUCCAUGUGAGAAUCGAACUCACGACCCUCCGAGUUAUGCUAUAUCGCUCAAACCUUCUCAAAAUUCAUCGACUUCCGCCAAGCUUACUUUAGCCAAGCCACUUCGAACGCCUAUAAAAAAGAAGUUAAGUAAUAUAAAUCAAUGGCUGUCUGCAUUUCAUACUUUCGUAGCUGUUCAUGUUUAGAAAUCUUCGAGCAAAGCCGCCAAGCUAAUGAAAUACGGGGAAAUCGUGCGUAACACGGCCACCAAACCGGGGGACUAGGCUUAUUAUGUAGAGCAAUUUCGGCUCUUACCAUGUCUUACGGCAAUCAGACCCAGCUAAAUAGCCCUGGGUCGACCCUGGGACGGGGUCCAUUGGGAAAUUUAACAAAGGGUAAUGACGAAGUUUCGUUCGAAGUCGUUCUCUGACCAAGACAGGCCCACCUUGCGCUCACGGCAAUCCUUUCUCCAGGGUGGUUGUUUGGUUUUUCACUCCGGGCGGCACCAUCGGGGGAUUUUAUUGCAAACAAAAAUAAUUCUUUUCUGGCUCAAACCAUCACGCUUCCCGCAGCGCUUCCAGAAAUCAACCCCAGCAAUACAAACCGCCAGUCCCCCGCCAAGAGCCCACAGGCUCUUCAAACCAAUAUUUUCACUGCGCCGUUAACGCCCGUAAAGGUGGAUCGACUUAAUCGAUUGCGACUGUUUUGUUAUUGCCAGUUUGUGAUCAGGCAAGAUCAUGGUUUCGAUUCUCUACGCGAACCUAAUCAGUUGCCUGGUUAGCUUUGUACUUAGGUGCUUUGUGGAGACAGCCGUACAGCCGUUCUGUCUAAGACCCUGUUUACAAGGAGGGAGGGUAACCCUGGUGGUAGGGUUAUCCUAGCAAUAGGGUUACUCUAGCGCUCGCACACUUCUCUUUUUUUUGCAUGACGUGUUUAAAAGGCAGGCCCUACCGCUAGGGUAACCCUACCUAAGUGCUGGGGUUACCCUACCUGCCUUGUAAACGCUCUGCUAGUAAUAUAACUCGCCUACCCGGGACAACCUUCUGCCGUCUUGCUUGACUAGAAAUCUUAAAAAAUUUGAAGGGAAUUAUCAAAUUCUGAGCUAAAUUAUAAACAUCUCAUCAAUAUAAGGCAUUUUUCUGUAUACUAUGAUAAUGUUUUCCCGUUUUUUCGUAAAUUUAACGUGUUUUCCAUAGAGGAAGUCAUGUUUCAUUUCAAAUAUUGAACGUUACAAAGAAUCCACGCACGAUGAAACACGUCAGAAAAGCUGGAAACGUUGACCCGGGUGAUAGGGUACCCUACGUCUGAAAUGUGCUUGUAAAUCAGAGCUAACUUUAACCCGCUUGCUAGGGUAACCCUAGCACAAGGGUAACCCUCUCUCCCUGUAAACAGGCCCUAACUGAAUAUCCGCGUAACGGUUCGAAAAUUCUUCUUUUCCUAUUGGCUACUGAACAGUGCUGAACGCAACCAAUUACUGAGGAUGCAUUUAGAUCCUCUUCUGCUUGAAGCUAGGAGCGUGCUUUUUUGGAAAUAAAGGCGAAGACAACGUGGUACUUGCUGUUCAAUCUGAAAACAUUGUCAUUCAAUUACUAAGCCGAUAAGGAGAGAACCCUAGAAAACACAAAAUGGAUCUACGAUAACUUUCGCUUUGCUUUGUCCUUAUUUUAGUUAUUUUAGUUUGUUUAUUUUUCAGUCAUGGCUAACAAACGCUACAAAUGCUGUAGCCUUUACUCUCUGGGAUGAGACAACGUAGAUAUUUGCUUUACUGCAGUUGUUUACAGCGUCUCAGUGUCCAAACAAGCUCUUACUAUUUUGUUUUAUCAGAUUGCUAUGAUCUGUUCAAGGUAGGCCAUACUCAGAGUGGAGUGUACUCUGUGAACCCAGACGGUAAAGGAUCCUUCAAUGUAUAUUGUGACAUGCGAACUGAUGGUGGAGGGUGGUCUGUGUUCCAGAGAAGACAAGAUGGCUCGGUAGACUUCUAUCGCGGAUGGAAUGAUUACAAAUCAGGCUUUGGUCAGCUGACGGCUGAGUUCUGGUUAGGAAACGACAAGAUCCACAGGCUGACGGCCGCAAGACCCAGCACGCUACGAGUGGAGCUAGAGGACUGGAACGGAGUACGAGUGUAUGCCAAAUAUGGCAAGUUUAACAUUAGCGAUGAGCAAGCGAAGUAUCGACUUGAAGUGGGUUUAUUUUCAGGGACGGCGGGAGAUUCGUUAGCAAAUCAGAAUAACAUGGCAUUUAGCACAAAAGAUAUAGAUAAUGACAGAUGGGGUAAUAACUGUGCUGUGCGCUGGACUGGCGCUUGGUGGUACAGAGACUGCCAGUGGUCUAAUCUAAAUGGAAAAUACCUGGGGAAUAAAGGUUCCUUAAAUGGAGUUCGCUGGUCUACAUUUCGUACUUAUCUUUCACUCAGAUAUGUUGAAAUGAAAAUGAGGUCUUCGUUCUAG